CCGUGUCGGUACCUGUCGGCGCCAUGUGAUGACGUUCCUGUACCUCGGUUAUGGUUCUCGUGCCACCGGUGAAGGGCUGUCGGAGCAAGUGAUGCAGUGUGGGGAAAUGGGAGGGGAAAUGGGUCAUGGCCGGGUGGAGCUGUAAUACAUGAGACUAGGUAGGUGGGAUAUAGAACUGUUAUGGCAAAUCAGUGCUCUCCAGCUUUUACAGGCGACGUUCACUCUGAGUGAGAGUCCGCUAUUUGCCAUUACAAUAUGUUGUAUUUUAUAUAAUACACUAUGUAUAUGUAAUACAGCACAAUACAGUGUAUGCGUUUAUAUAGAACAAAGUGUACAUAUACAUAAUAUAGUGUGUUGUGUCUGUGUGUAUAUAUAAUGGAGAUGUUUUUUUCAGUACGUAAUACAUCAUGUUAGGUUUCUUAUUAUUUGUAGUUCGAGUAUAGGUAAAGGCUGUUGGGUUUUUGUUGUAUUUUUUUUUCUUUACCAAAUCAAAUGAACAUUUACCCAUACUAAUCAAGCUGAGCUCGACGUCACUUCCGUCACCUGCCCUUACUCUGAGCACUACUUCCGGUUGACUGAAUUAGGUUGUUGCAUGUGCGCAGUGUAAGGUAAGAAGGUAAGGGUUUUAAAACGGGAGCGUUUAAUAAGGCUUAUACCGUUCAUAGUAUAUGAUGGAGGUAGCAGUGUGUAUAAAGCACUUCUGAAACCAGCAGCUGUCUUUUAGAGACUGUAUUUGAUUGGUGGGUGCUUUAGUCCUAGCUAUUAUAAGCGGAUAUGUGUGGUGAUAUUUUGACUGGCUAUCAGUGAAAGUAAUGUUCGUUUAGCCAAAACAUCGUACUGCACUUCAUACACUGACACACAUGCACGUGGAUAUUGUUAUCUCUGUUUAUGAUCAAUAGAAAAUUACAGUAAGCCGUGACUGUUUGUCAAUCAAGUGAAUGUAGCACAGUGUCCCGUAAUUUUAGUGUUUCUAUGAGGAGCACAUUUUCUGGUACGUGAGGUGGCAGAUGACCUCUGUAAGGCGUGCGGGGUAGACCAGUAAAAAGAAAUGGUUGUGUAUGUAUACUUUGUGUGUGUUUGCCCUAAUCAACCUACUCUACCACUUAAUAAAUUUAAAAUAAAUUACCAUAUGUACUUCAACUUUUUGCCAAGAUGAACAAAUGAGGGUAGUGUAUACAUAAUGCAGCCACAAACUUGCUGACUGGUAAUUAUGAAUAAAGAGUAACUGUACAGCAGAGUUCUAAAAGCUGAGUUAUCAGAAGUUCCAUGUCACCUUUGUAGGUUGUAGAGAAAGGUGAGUUUUACAUACUGAAUCUUUCCAUCAUGGCUGUUACCAUGGUCUUCCUGCGUUCCUCUUCAACCCCUGGCACUUCAUCUGCCAGGAACCAAGGUCAGUGCUGUACACCACAGAUUGCCCUUGCAGUCUCAGCAAUUUAUACCGUGCAUUUUUUUUUUUUUUUGAGGAAAUGUAGCAUUAAAGGAACAUUAGUCACAAGAACAACUACAGCUUAUUGAAUUCGUUCUGGUGAGUAAAAUCCUUACCUUCAAGUCUUUUCAGAGAAAAUGCAGUGUUUACAUUACAGCCUAGUGAUAACUUCACUGGCCACUUUUCAGAUGGCUGUUAGAGAACCUUCCUGGGUCAUGGCUGCAUAAAAUGCAACCAAACAUUCAGUAUCUCCUCCCUCUGCAUGCAGACACUGAACUUUCCUCAUAGAGAUUUAUUGGUUCAAUUCAUCUCUAUGAGGAGAUGCUGAUUGGCCAGGGCUGUGUUUGAAUUGUGCUGGCUCUGCCCCUGGUCUGCCUCUUUCUCAGCCAAUCCUAUGGGGAAGCAUUGUGAUUGGAUCAGGCUACCACUUCUGAUGAUGUCAGUGGGCAGGUCAAAAGGCUUGAAUACAAGUGAGAUUUACUAUAUUUAGGGAGACAUGAGGGGACCAAGGUGAUUAGAUGGUGGUUUUAACCCUAUAGGGUCAGGAAUACAUGUUUGUGUUCCUGACCAUAUAGUGCUUCUUUAUAGGUACUUUAAUUACUUCAUCUUAUUGAAGUUGUUCUAGUACUUUCAGUACUGUUUUCCCUGGGGGCCUUAAAGGGAUCCUAUUGGGCCAGGAAAUCAAACCUGUUUUAAUAGGUUUAAUAGGCCCCCUCCUGUGGGGCUGAAGGGGUCAAAACCCUUUAAUCACUUACCUGAAUCCAACGCCGAUGUCUCUCGGCACUGGGUCAGGCUCCGCCCACACUCCUCGGACGAUGGCCGGAGAGACCUAAUGCGCAUGCGCAGCAAUGACCGUACGCGUGUUAGACCUCCCCAUAGGAAAGCAUUAUUGGGGAAAAUCUGAUGCUGGAGGUCCGUGCAGACGUCCAGCGUCAGAUAACGGAUUCCGGAAGCACCCCUGGUGGCUGUCUGGUAGACAGCCACUGAGGGCAGACUUAGAGCUGCAAUGUAAACAUUGUAGUUCUCUGGAACUGCAAUGUUUAACAUUGCAGCACUAAGUGCAAAAGGUUCACAGCACCCAGACUACUUUUAAUUAGCUCAAGUGGUCUGGGUGCCUACAGUGUCCCUUUAAAUGGGAAACAGUGGUCGCAGUAUUCCACUGAGAUGCUUAUCCAAUUGCACUGGCUUUUAAGGCCCGCUCCUGUUGUUGGGGGGGAAAUGUAUUGUCUAUGUUGUGUAUCAAAACUUUGUCCUGCUUUUGGGGUAAGGAGCUUUCCACAUUGAUUCCAACAAGCACUCUGCUGCUGAGAGAAAUGCUGCUCACACUUUCUCCCUGAAACUCAGUUGCUGGGGAGAACUGCCAGCCACAUUAUCUCCCCUCAUCCUGCCAUUGGGUAAAGAUGCUGAUUUCAACCCUUCUCUGGACCUCAAUCUGCUGCUGGGGAGGGCUGUCAACUUCUCCAGCUCUCAAAGUGACCAUCUGCAACUGGAGAGGUGACUACUGUGCAGCCUCCCUGUAUACCACUUUGCUUCUGGAGAGGGAUGCCACUCACAUUUUCUCCCUGGAGUUUAAAAAAAAAAAAAUUAUAAAAAAAAAAAAUGUCAAGCCCUCUCUACUCCAUAACAGGCUUUCCAGUUCCUCCCAGUAAUCUGAAAGGUUCAUUGCCCCUAACCAGUCUACUUGUCAUAUAAUACACAAUAGUAGGCAACAAAUCUACUGCUAUAGUCCUCAUCAUAGAUUAGACGCAGUGGUCCCCAACCCAGUCCUCAUGGACCACCAACAGUCCAGUAUUCAUGUAUUCCCUUUUUUAUUCAAAUGGUGAUACUGACAAAGCCUGGACUGUUGGUGGUCCAUGAGGACUGGGUUUGGGACCACUGGACUAGAACAUAUCAUAGUAUUCCUGGGCAUCAUGGCACACAUUUACAUGGUAUGGAGUAUUCCAGCAAAUCAUAGUGUUCCCCACAGAUUCAAUAUUGUAAGGGUACAUAUCUCCACUCAAGGUCAAUAGCAUCCUGGAUGUAUCCAGUUCCAACCCUGCUGCUUUACUUUGUACCCCCCCAUUGGCUUCCUAGGUGGAGUGAAUUGGACAUAGCAGUAGAGCAAUACUAGGUCAGCUGUAUUGAGACAGACUCAAAUUAGUACCAAUAGCACCCCUGAUGAUGGUUGCUGGAAUCCAGCCCUCCCUCACUGGCCUCAUAGGAAUUUGAGGACCACUUCAAAGUUAACGGAAUACUUUUUAGUGUUUUGGAGUACACAUUUGUAUUCCUAACACUAUAGUGUCCUGCGGUCCUUCCUUGGACAUGUAAAGGGUUUAAUAACUUAACUGAUUCCAGCGCACUUGUCCCUCAGCACUGGGUCAGGCUUUACUAACUUCAGCCGAUGUGUGGGGAAAACACAUUUGGUCUUUUCAACACGAUCUCAAGCAAAGUGUUGUUGAAUCUGCUGAAAGUUCCUGUAAUGGCUGUCAGUCAAUAGAGGCAUUCUUAAAGGACCACUCUAGGCACCCAGACCACUUCAGCUUAAUGAAGUGGUCUGGAUGCCAGGUCCAGCUAGGGUUAACCCAUUUUUUCAUAAACAUAGCAGUUUCAGAGAACUUGUUUAUAGAAAAAAGGGUUAACCCUAGCUUGACCUGGCACCCACACCACUUCAUUAAGCUGAAGUGGUCUGGGUUCCUAUAGUGGUCCUUUAAUGUAGUUGUUCUGAAGUCUAUAUCCUGUCCCUGAACGCUUUUUAAAUGUAAACACUGACUUUUCAUACAAAAGGCAAUGUUUACAUUGCUGCCUGGUAACACCUCUAGCGGUGUGCUUUGCACUGUGCAGCACCUAUGUUAAUGUUUCCUAUAUGGAUGCAUUGGUUCAAUGCAUCUCUAUGAGAAGUUAAAUUGGCGCAGUGGCAAUUUUGUGCUGUGCAUACGCAAUAGUCUUCCAAUGCUUUCCUAUGUGAAGCAUCGGAUUUGCUGAGAACGUCAAGAUUGAGGAUCUCAGACAUGGAGGUGGGGCCAGCCAAGGCGUUGGAACAAAGGUGAGUAAAAAACUAUUUCUAAAGGUAAAUGCACAAAAUAUACAUGCCACACGUAGUGGAUGCAGUGUGUUUAGACAGGGGAGCAGUGUGUGUUUUUGUAGUGUGUAUUUGUGUAGUGUGUGUGUGUGUGUGUGUAUAUAUAGUGGAUGUACUGUGUAUUUGUGUAGUCUUUUGUGCAUUUAUCUUUUAGAAAUAGUUUAUUUUUUCAAAAUGGUAAAUGUACAGAAUAUCGGUCGGCCAUUGGCCUGAAAGUUCACAGAUUACCGGUAUCUGCUCUAAAAAAAAAUCAGUAUCUGUUGAUCACUAGCCUGAAGGGUGACUCAGUGAUGGCGAACCUUUUUGAGCCAGAGUGCCCAAACCGCAAUACAUGCCAACUUUUUUUCCCCUCAAUGUGCCAACACGGCAAUUAAACCGGAAUACUGAGGUUUAAGUUUAGAAAAAACAACUCGUACAGUUGUCCGAACUAAUUAACAUCUUUUGUUUUAAAAGAACACAACAGAGUUCUAUGAUACAAAUUUUAAAUAAUGAUAUAAAUAGAUAAAAUUACAUACGCAAUACAUACACCCACCGGCUGCUAAAUAUACACUGCUGAAUACAUAAAGACUUCUGAAUACACACACACACAUACAUAAUGCAUUGGGGGUUUGCGGUUAAUUUUGGGGUCUCUGGCCUUUAGUACGCCGGACAGAUCUCUGUAGUUAGAUGAUUUGUUCUCCAUGACAUCCUGGGAGGCAAUUAGUAAGUAAAUCAAACUCACGUCCUUGCCCUCUAGAAUGUCCUGGCGAAUGGUCGGCGGUACUAGGUGCGCGGUAGUGAUUAAGUGAGUGGAAGUGCCAAGAGUGGGGUCAAAAAUCAUGGCAUUACCGUGUGAAGGAGAGGGUGUGGGAAGCUCUGUGGCUGGGCUGGGUGUCGGAGCUUGUGGGUUUUCCAGUUUCUCAAGUCUAACACUAACAGUGUUGAUGGAAGCGAGCAGGGUUAUCAUCAUGUUAACUUCAGUGAAGUUGUUUGGAUUGGUUGACUGUACAGUAGUACAUUGCUGAAGUGUGCCAGAACUUGCAAUUAGGAGGUGGUACAGUUCGGCUUUUUACGGGCAAUGGCUGGGAAGGGAAUGCCUAAAAGUUUCAGUUCACUGGCACGUUUCAAGAUAUUCCAUGUACAGAGAGAGCAUGGGCUGGCCGAUUCCAGAUGCUCUGUAGGGGUACUGGGUCUGGGUGGGGGAGGUCAUCGUGUUCUGGGACUUGCAACAUUCUGAAAUACAAGGAUGUUAAGGUAAGUUUUGAUAAGCGUAGACCUAUUCCAACUGGCUUCUAGCUAAAGCUUAAAGCAAAGAAAUUAUCUGGCAUACAAGGAUGAUGAGGCCCUACUAAUGCCAAGUGGCUUUCAAUGGCUCUACCUAUGAUUUGGACCCUUGGGUGGGGGCCACUGGUUGACGUGGCGCUAGUUUUGGCCUCUUGGUGAACCUAAAAGUGACUAUUGGAGAUGGUAUGACUGGUGAGGGCCUAACUGUAUACUUGUAGAGGGUGGAGUAAGGCGUUAUCUACAUACAGGGUUGAGGGGCGAUUAAGGAUGGGUGUAGGCCUCACUGGAUUAGUUUGUUAUAACUAUUUAAGGCCAUUGAUUCUAAUGAUAUAGCCAGUCGAACUAGCCCUACUAGCAAUAAAAUGGGGGAUGAGGGGUAGCUCUAAUUGCCUAGGGUUUGAGGGAAACGUACCUAGUUCGUAUAGAACUGUUGGAAUUGAGAGAGGCUGGAUGAUCGUGAUUGUAACGGUGCACCUAAGGGAUAAACUAUACACACACACACACUGCAUUCACUAUACACACUACACACACACUGCAUUCACUAUACACACUACACACACACUACAUUCACUAUACACACUACACACACACACUCUGCAUUCACUAUACACUCUACACACACACUCUGCAUUCACUCUACACACACACUCUGCAUUCACUAUACACACACACUCUGCAUUCACUAUACACACUACACACACUCACUCUCACUCUGCAUUCACUACACACACUACACAAACACACACACACACACUCUGCAUUCACUACACACACACAUUCACUAUACACACUACACAAACACACUCUGCAUUCACUAUACACACUACACACACACAUUCACUAUACACACUACACAAACACACUCUGCAUUCACUAUACACACUACACACACACUGCAUUCACUAUACACACUACACACACACUCUGCAUUCACUAUAUACACACACACUCUGCAUUCACUAUACACACACACACUCUGCAUUCACUAUACACACACACACUCUGCAUUCACUAUACACACACACACACACUCUGCAUUCACUAUACACACACACACUCUGCAUUCACUAUACACACACACACUCUGCAUUCACUAUACACACACACACUCUGCAUUCACUAUACACACUACACACACACACACACUUUGCAUUCACUAUACACACUGCACAAAAACACACACUCUGCAUUCACUAUACACACUACACACACUCUGCAUUCACUAUACACACUACACACACUCUGCAUUCACUACACACACUCUGCAUUCACUAUACACACUACACACACACACUCUACAUUCACUAUACACACUACACACACACACUCUACAUUCACUAUACACACUACACACACACACAAACACACACUCUGCAUCCACUACAUGUGGCAUGUAUAUUUUGUGCAUUUACCUUUAGAAUUAGUUUAUUUUUUUCAAAAUGGUAAAUGUACAGAAUAUCGGCAUGCUAUCGGCCUGAAAGUUCAGAUUAUUGGUAUCGGCUCGAAAAAAAUCAAUAUCAAACCGUACUAUAGUGUCCCUUUUAAGAAUUGUAUUUUUGACGUUGAAAAACCUGGUUCCUAGAUUCAAAGCAAAUUUGUCAAGCCCUGUUCCACAGGACACUUCUGUGCAGUAUAGGGCCCCAUAUCUUGUACAGAAUAGGGACAUUCAUGUAUCUAUGUUCUUGUAGUAUAUUAUAAAGUUUAUGGUCUGUGGUUCAUGUAAUAUAAUUUCUAAUCUAUCUGGUAUUAUCUAUGUGCCUUUUAGAUUUUAUUCCCAACAGUGCAUUGUAUUUUUUUUUUUUUUUAAAUCUGCAGAGGCUGCUUGUGUGACUUUGGAAUUUGGGAAAAAUGGAGGACAAGAAACGUUUAGCCUUUUCUAUCAUCCAAUACUUACAUGACCAGUUAGACAAUGGAGGUCUUUCCUCAGAUGCACAAGAGAGUUUGGAAGGUGUGUAAUAUUACUUAUUAUUUUAUUUGGUAAGAUCACAUAGUUUAGAGUUAAAAUGUUUUACUUGUCUCAGAAUUCUCCAUGUGGAUAUCAGUAAUAUAUCAAAACCAAUGUAAAAUAAAAAAAUUACUUUGAAAUUCCUGAUUUUCUAGAAAUUCACAAUAUAUGUGUCAUUUCCGGCCCUCAUAUACUGAGUGCUGAGCAUGUUCCACAAAGCAUUGUUCAGAAUAGAAUUUUUGGGAUAUGUAGUUGAGCACUCUGCAGCAGUUUCAUUCAUAAAAAAUGCAACAUACUCUUAUUUCCACAACCUCAUAUGUUUUAAAACUACAUUUUAAAACAUAUGAAUUUAGAAAUAAAUUAUAUUCAUUUUUAAAGGUGCGCACAAAGCAGAGUCCUGGCAAUUUCCCAAGAUAAGUUGUCAAACAUCUUACCGUAUACAUCAAAUACAGUUUGAUAACUUUUUUUUUUUUUGGAUCCAGCCAGACUCUCAUGCCUGCAUCUAGCAUCACCAGCAUCAGAAGCUAAACAGAUAGACUGCUUUAUAGAGCUAUCUAGCUUCUGACAGCCAGGAGGAUGCUCUUCUUGAUCUUCUAUGAGAAAAAUUUACAAAUAUGUACCCUGCCUCCCAAUGCUUCUCUGUGAGAAGCGCUCUGCUGGCUAACAGAGUGGAGUUGAUGGGAAGGGCUGUCUCCCUGAUGGAUUACAGGUAAGUUAACACUUCAAUUUACAUUCGGGGGCUUAGGUCUCCAGCAACUAGUAUUAUAAAUUUUUGAUGCAUAGAGGCUGUUUAUUUUAGUCUGAUAAUGUCAGCGUAUUUGAAGGACAUCAUAGGAUUAUAAAAGUUGGCGAUCUCAUGGUAGAUGGAUGAGAAAAUAUGGUGCUGAAUUUUUAGUGUUUGUGUUUUUUAUUUUUUUUAAAGUUUCUUUAAUCGACUCUCUUUCUCUCUUUCUCUCUUUCUUUCUCUCUUUCUCUUUCUCUCUUUCUCUCUUUCUCUCUCUUUCUCUCUUUCUCUCUCUUUCUCUCUUUCUCUCUUUCUCUCUCUUUCUCUCUUUCUCUCUCUUUCUCUCUCUUUCUCUCUUUCUCUCUCUUUCUCUCUCUUUCUCUCUCUUUCUCUCUCUUUCUCUCUCUUUCUCUCUCUUUCUCUCUCUUUCUCUCUCUUUCUCUCUUUUUCUCUCUUUCUCUCUCUCUCUCUCUCUCUCUUUCUCUCUCUCUUUCUCUCUCUCUUUCUCUCUCUCUUUCUCUCUCUCUUUUUCUCUCUCUUUUUUUCUCUCUCUUUUUUUCUCUCUCUUUUUUUCUCUCUCUUUUUUUCUCUCUCUUUUUUUCUCUCUCUUUUUUUCUCUCUCUUUUUUUCUCUCUCUUUUUUUCUCUCUCUCUCUCUCUCUUUCUCUCUCUCUCUCUAUAGGUCUUCUUCCUCCCCCCCUUGCCCCCCACCUGCUGCUAAGGGGUGGGGGCUGUGGGGGAGGACAAUAGGUGCCUUCCCCACCUGCUGCUCAGGGGUGAGGGGGGGCAUGCUAGGUACCCCGUUCAGUUUAAUAGCCUACACUCAUGCGGCACGGGUGGGGGGGGAUAUUAUGUUUUAUUAUUUUUUUAACACCGAGCAGCCACAGGCUGAAUUUACCAAUACUAAGUAGUCUUUACUUGGUAUUAAUUUGACCGAAAGACCAAUUUUAGUAGAUUCUGUUAGGACACAGUUCGGUAGUUUCGCUGGCGUUCUGUCUAAAUGACAGGACGUUCGGGAAAAGUGAAAAGAGGCUCUGCCGGAACACAGAGGAAAGGUGAGAAUUGUGGGAAAAUUUCUCUGACCACCAGAAAUGAAGCACACUUUGCUCCUCUGCUGGUCAGAGAUGGUCAGGCGUAGGAAACCUUCAUAAGACAAAUAGUCCCUACUUUCUUAUGUUUUAAAGAAAACUUGAGCAGACAGGAAGAAAUUAAGAACAUAUCCUGACAGAGGGAGAGAAGAGGAAUCGAUUAAAGAUUGUACGGCUUUAAAGCUAUUAACAAUUGCAUCCGACAUUAAAGGAACACUUCAAGCACCAUAGCUGCCUUCUGUAGCCACUGUAAUAGUGCCCUUGCACCAUCCCAUUUAAUGAUUGUUCAGACGCUGCCACUAUUCCUUGCUUGGGUGAUAUGGACUGAUUAAAAAAAAUUUUUGUAUUACUACAACAUGGUAAUUUAAUCCCAAACUGCUGCUUGGUGUUUAGCAUUGAUGCUUUACUUGUAUUUCACAUCAUUGUAAACAAAUUUAUUGUUCAUCUGGUUCCUAGUUGCAAUACAGUGCCUAGAAACUGCAUUUGAAGUUUCAAUUGAAGAUCAUACCUUGGCAUUGACUAAGAAUCUUCAGGAGUUAUUUGCAGAAGCUACAAUAAAGGUAUGAUUCUCUCUUGCCCCCUCUCCCCAUGUAUAGUUUAAGUAUAUAGAAAAUUGUACAUGACACAGAAGUACAUAGCAGGAGGUUGGACAAUUAAAAUAUCGAACCAUUGCAGUCAUACAGUACUCCUAACUUUUUACAAUCAAUUUAUAUUUCUAACACCAUAAAACAAAGAAAACCAGGGAAAAAAUGGGUGCGUAGAAAAUUAGGUGUAAAGGUGAGGCUUCAUUCAAACAUAACAAUAAAACUGCUUGCAAGGAUGGACUGAUGUGCAUACCAUCAACUUGCAGGUAGAGUGAAAUAGGAGGGCAUUGUAUUGUGAGGAGGAAAGAAUAACUCAGAUUUAGAAAGAUUGCAUUUUACAAAGCCAGAAAACAUCCAGUCAGAAAUGGAAGAGAGACAACCAGUGACAUGUUCGAGGUUCUAGAGAAGCUUGUUGUAAGGGUCCCCGGAGAGUAUGAAAAGUUCUUCUUGCCGAUAGAGCAGUGUUUUAUGAUAACCUGGCAGAGAACAGAAAGGUUGUGUGGAGGCCCUCUUUGCCUCCAAAUCAGCAUCCGCGUCAGAGAUUCUCUACCUCUUCAAGACCUAUCUUUAGAAAAGAUCCACUUAAUGCUACAAGACCUCAAGAGCAUUUGGACCUCCACUACGACCUGCACGCCAUAGGUGAGAGAGCAGAUCACUUGGAAACUAAACUGACUAAAUGUCAGACAUUUUGCCUAAAAUGGCUGGUCUAUUGCCAUCUUGUCCGUUCACAAAGAUGUUUAAAACUUUUUUUUUUCUUUUUUUCUCUUAUUUUUGCUGAAGAGUCAAUUGCAAACAGAUGGUGUGAGAACGAAAUUCAAUGAAACAAGUUAUAUCUACUUAGUAGAUCUGAAAUUGGGAGUUGUACAAGACCCUAGUGUGUCUGAAAAUUCCAAUGAAAUAUAGCAGAGAUUAUUCUUAUUGAUUUAUUAAAAUGAUAGUAAGAAUUAACGCAAUAUGUAAGCAUUUUACUAAUCCUUGCAAGUAAUGGAAUUUAUUUUCGCUUCACGCAAGCAUUAAUACAAUGGCCUAGUCUUAAAAGCCACAGCUGUGUGAUAAGGUUGAAUCAAACAUUUGUCUCAAAUACAUGAGAAAGCGGUAUUGCUGGCUAAUAGUUAUACUUCUUAAGGCUAAUGAUAAGCAAUAAUAACAGGUAAGUGUUAAAGGUUUUAUGAAAUUUACUAUUGAGAGGCGUCAGCCAGUUAAAAUUACAUGUUAACCAAGAUUGGCCUCUGGCAUCUAAUGAAUUAACAGUAAAAUUACGUUAAGCUUAUAUAAAAUAUAAGUUUAUUCAUUUUAAUGUUUACGCCCCUUGUAAAAAUCAUUAGUUAUUCAGUAGAUAAGGAUAUCUUUAAAUUAGCUAAUGAGGGGGAAAAUGAGAGAUCACUCGCACACCCUGUUUGGAGGAACACUGUUAUUCUCUCUUCAAACUUAAAGGGACACCCCAGGCACCCAGACCACUUCUGCCUAUUGGAGUGGUCUGGGUGCCAACUCCCACUACCCUUAACCCUGCAGCUGCAAAUAUUGCAGUUGUCAUAAACUGCAAUAAUUACAUUGCAGGGUUAACUCCUCCUCUAGUGGCUGUCUACUAGACAGCCACUAGAGGGCACUUCCUGGUUUCUAGCACAGGUCUAGCUAGAGUGUUGCUGGAUAGCCUCACGCUGUGUGAGGACCUCCAGCAUUGCUCAAUUUCCCAUAGGAAAGCAUUGAAAGCAUCCUAUGGAGAGGUCUAAUAUGCGCGCGCAUGCGUCGGUCUCCCCCGCUAAAUGACGUGGGCGGACCCGAAACCACCGCCGAGGGACAUCGGUGGGGGUCUCAGGUAAGUUACUGAAGGGGUUUUCACCCCUUCAGCAACAUGGGAUGGGUAGUGGGAGGGAGAGGGUACCUGCAGUGCCAGGAAAACUGUUUGUUUUCCUGGCACUGGAGUGUCCCUUUAAAGUAAUUUCAUAUCAUAUCACGUUUAAUUUUCUGGCUUUUAAAAACCAUCUGAUACUUUCCUAAAUACCUUCAGCAACAGUCCAUUGGUAAUUAUAUAUUUUUUUAUUUAGCCUUAUGGAUUUGCUCGAGAUGGUCAAUAUUUAGAACCAAAUUUUAAUCCCAUAUAUUUUUUGUUCUGCAGCCAAAUAAAAUAUAUGGCAAACAUUUGCCAUAAUUAUUCUGUAUCUCAGAUAUUUCCAUAACUAAACUUCAUAAUUAUCUGUAGCUUAACUUAACCCUCAACAAUUCAUUCAUCCUUGUCUGUCUAAGUACUUUAGGUAUAGCGGAGGCAAGAGAAAUAGGGUGUUAUAUAACAUUAAUUAUAAUAUUGCCAUGUUUCUCAGUUAUGUGUAGCAGAAACAUAUAUAUGUUGGUUUGAUUGAUUACUGACCAGGAAUAACGAGUUAAUUUUUUGAUAAAGAGAUGUUGGUGUUUGCAAAUUUCUGAUGAUCAAUUUCCAAUAAAUUUAUGAUUGCCUAAUAGCAAAUUUUGUUUUUAUAAAUUUAUAUUUUGAAUACUUUCCCCCAUAAAUAACUGUACAACAAGCUGUCCACAAAAGAGUAUAGUUGAGUCUGUGAGGCAUAGAUAUCUCCUGGAAUAUUUAUUUAUUUGUGCGCUAGGAAGAAGGUAUAGUCCUUCUUUUGAGGGUUAAGCUCCCUCCAGUCGUCAUAAUGCUUGGCUGGGGUCUCUCAGUCGCUUCCUGCUUUGGAACAGGGUCCUGGGUACAGCUUCAAGUGAUUAAGCUGUCCUGCAGAGAGUAUUGCUGAUCCACCCAAACACUAGCCCAGACUGAGUGGAGGGUGUUAAGGAACUCCCAGCAGGGGAUCUCCACACAAUAAUAUAAUGCAAGCCCCUCCCAGGAAUCUCAGUUGUCUCGAGGAGAUAAUUGCGGUCAAGACCGGUAAGCUAAUUAUCUCCCAGGAACAGAGCAUCAAACAUAAAAAUUUUAAAUUCAAAAAUCCCCAAAAACAUAAUAAAAAUAUAUAACUACCCCACAAAUAGUACAACUCCAAAUCGCCCUGAUCUGAGCGCCCAAGUUUUCUGAAUAGCGCUCAAAUCCAUGCAGUGUAGGGGAAAUGCCACUGUGCUAAAGUUCUGAUCAGCCGCACAUGUGAUCAUAUGCCCAAAACAGUUCCAGGGCGUUUGGUGCUUUGGCCGGUCAACUUUUGGGAGCUACUGCGGCCUCAAUAUGGGGUGCUCCGUCUGUCUUUCAGGUAGUGUUUGUUCCCAUUAGUCUCAGAUACUUUCCCUCCAAAAAGCUCUCUCCAGGCGUAUUUCAUAGUGGUUCAAAACCGCGAACCAAGUUGCCCGGGAACCGCACGGUCACCUCAUGCCGACAACAGUUUCAUAACAUUCGUGGUUAAGUCCCGCUGAGGGAAAUUUGUGGGUUUCGUUCAUGCAAACGGCCGCCAGAGAGCCAGCUUUCGGUUCUAUUCGCAUUAACGGAAAGUGCCGAAUCAGUAGCACCUAGGGCAAGCUACUAAUGGUGGCUGGGGAGGUUUAACUCCUGAACAGGGUCUCUGUAUAUGGCCUUGGGCAGGAGGCCAGCUAGCAGGUUCCUCCAGGAGCUUGUGGCAUAGGCACGUUUGUCACAUACUCCUUUUUGCUUUUAUUUGGGGAGUAAGCAUAAGCGGUAGGAUAGAACUGUGAGGAUAAUUUAGGAGAUCAUGUUGGUGGAGAUGUGUCUCUCUUGCUGCACCUGACAACUUGGAUUCUGAAAUAACCAUUCUUCUCUUGUGGGGGGGCUAUUUUGAUGUUGACUGAGUAGUUCAGAUGAAAUGCUGCCAUCUAGAAGAUGGAGGGGUCUAGGACCCAGUUCAGUUUGCUUACAAGUUGGUUGGAUAUGGGAGAUUGGAUGGGUCCAAGCCACUAUAUUCCAUGUCUUGACACCACUGCCAUGCACCAGAUGAUCACCUUGGAGCUUGAAGCUUGUGCUAUAUGCAUUUGACUUGGAUGAGCUCCAGAAAAUGUCCUCCAUACUUUGUCUUUACAAUAUUUAAGGAUAAUUGUUUCAUACUUACCAUAAUUUUAUUUUCCUGAUCAUCAUUCAUGGCACCAUUUACUCAUGGGUUAGCUCCUUCUUUCACAGCAGAAAGGUCAGGAAAUAGAACUCUGAAACUGGUAUAAAUAGAUCCUCCCCCUUCCCAUCAGGCAGUCUUUGUAACUAGCUUCACAAUUUAUAGUAUAUGGGUGGGAACGUAAUGCUGCCAUGAAUAAUGAUCAGGAAAAGAAAAUUAUGGUAAGUAUGAAACAAUUUUCCUUAUAUUCCUGAUCAAUCAUGGCAGCAUUUACUCAUGGGGAAUACCCAAGCAGUAUAUAUAGAGGGAGGGACCUUAGAAGACUUUAAAAAAGCCAAACAAGUAAUGAAUAGGAUAUUGUCAUAAAAUCUGUUCAGACAAGUUAAUUUGCCCUAGAGGUUGUUAGGUCAACAACCUCCUGGCAUUCAAAUGUCUGAAAUAUCCUGGAGAAAUGGUCAGCCAGAUAGGAAUUAGGGUCAUGAUAGCCAAACCUAGAGAAGGAACAACACUAAACGAAUACAAGACAAACUCUUGUAAAAAUAAGAAACCCAUCUUGUUAUGGAUGAUAAAAAAAAAAAAAUAGAGAACCUCCAUGAAACCCAGAAACUGUAAAGAAAUUAUAGCUCGAUUAUGUCAACAACAGAAGAUAAUGUCCUUCUCUAAUAUAAAUUAAAAAACAAAUGGAUGGCAUUAUCAAAUCAAAACCUUGAGAAAGGCAUAACACGCAGAGAUCAUACUCUUCGAUGACAACAGUCACUCCCUGCUAUAAAACAGGGGGAGAAUUACACAGAGAAUCCUACUAUUUUCUGGAUGUAUUUAUUAAAGACGAUUCACACUGCUUCAUCUUGCCUAGUGAACUGCUUAUCUGUAUAUACAGGACACAAAACAGUAUUUGCCUGUAAGAAAGAGGUAGAGAGCCUAGUAGAGAAAAAAGUGAGUCUGUUAUUAAAGUAGCACGGUCAUGCCGAACUUACCUUUCCCCAAUCGCUUCCUCUUCUCCUCCUUUCUCAGGAUCUGUUCAUUGAUUCCCGUCCGCACUAGUUUUCUUUAAAACAUAAGACAAAGUAGGGGCUACUUUGUCUUAUGGAGGUUUCCUACGCCUGACCAUCUAUGACCAUCAGAGGAGUAUAUUUUGCUCAGUUUCCUGUGGUCAGAGGAAAUUUUCCCAUAAUUCUUACUUUCCCUUCAUGUUCUUGUGAUGCCUCCUUUCACUAUUCCCGAACGUCCUGUCACUUAGACAGAAUGCCGACAAAACUACCGAAUUUCGCCCUAACAUACAGUUGGAAGUAAAAGUAUGUGAACCCUUUGGAAUGAUAUGGAUUUCUGCACAAAUUGGUCAUAACAUGUGAUCUAAUCAUCAUCUAAGUCAUAACAAUAGACAAUCACAGUCUGCUUAUACUAAUAACACACAAAGAAUGAAAUUUUUUUAUUGAACACACCAUGUAAACAUUCACAGUGCAGGUGGAAAAAGUAUGUGAACCCCUAGACUAAUCACAUCUCCAAGAGCUAAUUGGAGUGAGAUGUCAGCCAACUGGAGUCCAAUCAAUGAGAUGAGAUUGGAGGUGUUGGUUACCGCUGCCCUGCCCUAUAAAAAACACACACACCAGUUCUGGGUUUGCUUUUCACAAGAAGCAUUGCCUGAUGUGAAUGAUGCCUCGCACAAAAGAGCUCUCAGAAGACCUACGAUUAAGAAUUGUUGACUUGCAUAAAGCUGGAAAGGGUUAUAAAAGUAUCUCCAAAUGCCUUGCUGUUCAUCAGUCCACAGUAAGACAAAUUGUAAACAUACAUUUUCUUGCAACUGUAAAUUAGAACGGUUCGUCCAUUCGUGUUCGGACAAAAUUCAGGACUUUUGUUCGGUUCAAAAUGUAAUUUGAAUGAAAUUCCUAUCCUAUCGAGGCUGCAUCUUAGUAGAUAGCACCCUAAUUCCCACGGUAUCAGUUUGCUAUCUACCAAAAGGCUGAAAGACAAAGAUUGGUCUUUCAGCCAACUUUACUAAUGCCAAGUAAAAAUUACUUGGUAUUCGUAAUUAAUCUGCCCCUACUCGCUAUAAUGCGAGUAGGGGCAUGUCUAGUAAACGGUGAGCAGCCAGUGCCACUUUAAAACACUACAACAAUGACUAUAUAUUACAAAAAUCAGACUCUGAGCUAUACCUCAAACUGUGACUGAAUUGAUACAGUAAUGAUCCGUUACAGGAGAGGUAGAAACCAAUAACACAAAUGGAUUUUACUAGGCAAAGUCAAGAAGAAUCGCAUCAUACAGAGUAGUUAAAAAUAAAAAAUUAGUAUGAACCGUAGAAUUUGUGGCAACUACUAAAUUAUAAGUAGGCAAUGUAGGCCAACCACGUCAGUACCUACAUUCAAAGUUAAAUAUUGUAAAUAGUACAGAUUAUGCCAAACAGUAGAAUCAAAAUGAUUAGAGAAUGUUGUGCAAUAUAAGUAGGAGAUAUGUAAUAGGCAGGAUACUGAUGGAAAGGUGGCAACCGGAGGCACAUGAUCCAUUAUGGCAACACACACACAUACAUUAUAAGCAGGAUAGUAGAAGAUAUAAGAACAAACAACCGACUACUUACUCUGACUUUCUCUUCAGAGAGUGAUGAAGUACUUAUGGCAGAGCCUAGGGUGAUAAGAUCAUCCUGCAGCUUGUUUUAUUUGCAAAGAUAUCAACACCAAUCCAAGCAUAUAAUCCACAAGUAUUACAUCAAUGCAAUGUUAGGAGUGACCAUCAUUUGCUCAGAUCUAGAUACAGAGACCAUGUAAAACAUAGCCAAAAUGUUUGUCAUCAACAAUACUAUAUUAUGCAGGAUAACUCAACAGCUUAAAGCCACACAUUGGUUGCAAAUUCCAGAAAUAAGGACACCUAGAAGAAUCCCCAUGAAUAUCAGAACAAAGGCCCAUAAUGGAACUUCAUGUUCAGGGAUUUCCUUUAUUGUUCUGCUAGCAGGUGAAUUUUACCUGAAAUAGUAAAACUGAUAGAAUGGUCUAUGCACUAAAAAACCUUCCAAUGUCAAAAUACUUGCAAUACCCAACAUCAAAGUUACAUGAAGCAUAUUGGCCUAAAAGAAUACCUAAAAUCUGAAUAAACAUUAUGAACCAGACCAGAAGUAGUGAUUUUUUUCAGACUAGAAGCUUGGAGAAAAUAAAAUAAUUACUAAAGUUAUGACCAGGUGAAAACAGAAAGCCACUAUCAACAGCUUUUAAAUCCAUUAACUUAGAUUUGAGAAAGACAAAUAUACAAGUGAAAACAGUUGGGUAAUUGCUUUAGAGUUACCUACUUAUGGGAGCAAUAAAUAGCCCAAGCUGUGAUCCUGCAACCAGCAAGAUCUACAAAGCUGUGCAUCUGUAAUCAACAAGAUCAACUAAGCUGUGCAUCUGCAAUCCGCAUAUAUAUUAAGGUUAAACACUGCCACCAAACUUAAAAAACCAUUCCCUAUCUUGAUCAGAGAGAUGAUACCUGGCAAUAAAAAAAAACUUUUGUAGAAUUGUUUCAUGUGUAAAUACAUAGGUGUGUACACAAAAAAAUACAAAAAAAAAAAAACCUAACAUUACCAUGCUCCAUUUUGGAAAUCAGCUCUUCUCUCCUGGGAGAGGCACACAGACAGGUUCAAUAACACUGGCAGUCCAUCUGAAGUGGUUAAUUGUUAAUUGCCAAAGGCAGUAGGUUUCUCUUAUCUAAUUUAUUUAACUCCUUCCCGACCAAUGACGUACCAGGCACAUCUGCCCAAAAAACUGUCGAUAAAGACCGCGGACGUACCUGGUACGUCAUUUAGUAAAUCGCCACUUACCUGAUCGCUGGUGAUUCCCCGCCGGCAAUUGCAAUCCUGGGGUCUUCCUGGGAGCUCAGGCAGACCCCCACUUCCUAAUCUGCCCUCCCAGGCCAUGUGAUUGCGGUGUCCGGCUUGUGCAGUGCCUGCAGGGGGCCUGUCUGAGCUCUCAGGCAGUCACCCUAAUGCCUGCAAAAAACUUUUAAAAGUUUGCAAUAAAAGUUUUUUAUAAAGUACAUAAAAAGUUAUAUAUAACAAAUGAACAUAUGGGCUGCACUCACGGUCUUCCGUUAUGAAGUUGUGUUAUUUGUCAGUAACACAUAGCAGGAACUGAGAAUCCAUGCCUAAAGUACAAUGUGAGAGAAAAAUUACACAAUCAAUGACUACCCAAAAGUUUGAAAAAGACUGGUGGUAGAAUUAGUGCAUGGAAAGUGUUAAAAGUACCACCAUUUGAAAUACCCUAGGGUGUCUACUUUUCAAAAUUAUAUGGUUUGAUGGGGGUAAAUAACAUUGGCCGGCUUCAAAAAUGUCCCAAAUAGGACAUGGGUGUAUGAUGACUAGAUAUGAACAUUCUAAGUUGGAAAACUGGAAUGUGCAUCCUCCAAAUAAGGUCUUUUAGCCCCCAGAGAACCCGACACACCUAUACAUGGGUGGUUUCACUGUACUUGGGAGAUGUUGCUGAACACAUAUAGGGAUGUUUGGCAGUAACCCUUAAAGUUCUCAGUACAUGUAUUCUUAAACUGCUAUGUUUGUCCAAAAAAUCACCAAUUACCGUAUUUUUCGCUCCAUAAGACGCACUUUUUUUCCCUCUCAAAAGUGAGGGGAAAUGUCUGUGCGUCUUAUGGAGCGAAUGUGAAGCUUUACUUACCUGUCUUGUAGCGUGGGCCGGCAGCACAGCGCGCACCGCUGUACAGGAACUUCAAUUUCAGGUUCCGGUUUUCGGCGGAACUGAAAGGAAGUGCACACACAGUACACGCUACAAGACAGGUAAGUAACUAUGGGACAAGGGGAGGGGGGACUGUAGUGGAGAUACAAUAUUCCCCAGGCUAUCUCCGCUUAUAAUCCAAGUGAGGCUCAGGAACAAGUAAAUUGUAAAUCCACAGGCAAGGUUUCCAGCAGGCAAAAUAACACAGCAGUAUCCCAACAGCAAUCCCAAUAACUGGACGACACACAGUUUCAGGAGCAGAACUGACCACCUUUAUUCCACAGUGCCUUAUAUAGCAUACUCCCAUGCAAGGGAGGGAUUUACAUUCAUUAAUACAGUAGCCAAUCCUGUCCCGGUAACCUCCCACACAUCUCCUCCCCUCAGCCGGCAUCAUAAUCCCCUUAUCCAGUACAGAAAUUCCCCCCGUUUCUGGAUGUACCCUUAAACCUAGGGGUACCCCUUUAAAUUAUACAUCCCCUGGUAGCCCUGAUCUGGGUGAACAACAUAUCCAAAAAUCACCCAGAUCGGACCAGGGGUUCGGGAAUUUCCUGGAGGGAAUAAAAUGACCGCCGUGCUGGAUGAACUAGCCGAAUUGGGCUCCAUGCGAUUGGGCCCUGCGGUCGGUCCUGGAAAAGGCGAAUGCAGUACCUGAAAGCCUCCAGCUAUAGAGGCUUGGGAGGGUUCGCCUGAAUCCCCUCGUUCGGUUGAUUAUGCCUACCGAACGAGGGAGGUUAAGAUGGCUGCCGCCACGUGUUCGUUUCUCGAAUGGCGGCCACCCCUGAGAACAAAGGAUUGCUACACAGCUUGUCAAUUACCCGUUCGCAACAAUGUUGCAACGGGUAAUUGAAGGCACACUUCACACAGGGGAGGUCUGACUGUUCGUUCCCUUAGUUUGUUCGAAUGAAACUACCUUACAUUCAGACGAAUCCAAUACAUUUUACACAUAGAACUUAGCUAUUUUACACCAAUACAUUCCCUUACUGCAUAGACAUUUAGCAAUUAAACGAAUACAGGUUACACAUAAUACAAGUCCCAGGGCAGCUCAUGGCCAUCCGCUACAGGGACUCUAUGGGACAAGGAGAGGGGGGGGAGAGGGACCUAUGGGACAAGAGAGGGGGACCUCUAUGGACAAGGAGAGGGGACUCUAUGGGACAAGGAGAGGACUCUAUGGGACAAGGAGAGGGGGGACUCUAUGGGACAAGGAGAGGGGGGGGACCUCUAUGGGACAAGGAGAGGGGGACUCAUGGGACAAGGAGAGGGACUCUAUGGGAGAGGAGAGGGACUCCAUGGGACAAGGAGAGGGGGACUCUAUGGGACAAGAGGGGGACUCUGGGACAAGGAGAGGGGGACAGGAGAGGGACUCUAUGGGACAAGGAGAGAGAGGGGGACUCUAUGGGACAAGGAGAGGGGGACUCUAUGGGACAAGGAGGGGGACUCUAUGGGACAAGGAGAGGGGGACUCUAUGGGACAAGGAGAGGGGCGACUCUAUGGGACAGGAGGAGGGGGGGACUCUAUGGGACAAGGAGAGGGGGGGACUCACUAUGGGACAAGGAGAGGAGGGGGACUCACAGGAGGAGAGGGGCGACUCGGGACAGGAGGAGGGGGGCACUCUAUGGGACCAGGGAGGGACGACUCUAUGGGACCAGGAGAGGGAGUCUAUGGGACCAGGAGGGGGAGGAGGGACCAGGGGGACUCUAUGGGACCAGGAGAGGGGGACUCUAUGGGACCAGGAGAGGGGGGGGACUCUAUGGGAGGGAAAGUACACUAUGGGACAGGGUGGGGAACACUAUGGGAUGAGAACACUAUUGGAGAAGAGGAAAGGGGGGGGUUAAAAUAACUAUGGGACAUGGGAAGGGGGUUAAAGAUAAUUAUGGGACAGGAGAGGGGAGUGGGUGGUAAAGAACAAAAAAUUCCUUAAAAAAAUAUAUUCUGAACAAACUGUCCCAUAGUAACAAACACUAUGGAACAGUUCAGAAUAUUUUUUUCAGGGUUUCCUCCUCUAAAAACUUAUGGAGCGAAAAAUACGGUAUUAUUUUUUAUUUAAUUUGACAUAGAUUGGUAAAAUGGUUGCAUAAAAAAGUAACAGAUUUUGGGGGUCAAAGUUAAAAAAAAGUGUUUUGUGUUUUUUUUUUUUUUUUUUUAAAUCAUAGUUUAUAAGACAAAAAUUAUAGUAAAUUAUAUAUAUGAUGAAAAUAAUGGUAACUUUAGAAAGUCCAUUUAAUGGCGAGGAAAAACGGUAUAUAAUGUGUGAGUACAGUAAAUGAGUAAGACUUUUCGUGUUCUAUGUACCCGGAGGUCCCUCUAGUGGCUGUCUAGUAGACAGCCACUAGAGGACUUAAAGGGACACUGCAGGCAGCCCUUUUUAAAUAGGCGGGCGCGAGCAGGGAGCAAUCAGACGCUUCCAUUCGGAAGCGUCAUUGCUCCCUUGUGUGCAUGCACGGCUUUGUCACUUUGACAAAAUAGGCGGCGCGGCUUCACGAGGCUCCCGGCGCUGGAACGAGGUGAGUAAAAAGGGCUGCCUGGAGUGUCCCUUUAAGUCAUCCUCUAGUGGCUGUCUACAUUCAUGCCGCCCUAAGAAGUCCUGAGGGUCUUUGCCCGCUCCCUCUCCUCUGCUGACAGGCAGGAGAGAGAAGGUGCGCACACAGUGCCUUCUCUCUCCUGCACACAUCAGAUGUAUUUUAAUACGUCUGACUUGUAUAUGGCCUUUUUAGGGCCAUACAUGAUAGGAAGUCCCUCUGAUGGCCGUCUGAGGGAUUGGCCGCUGGAGGUAUUCCUAUCAAUCAAUGUAAACGCUGUACUUUCUCUGAAAAUAUAGUGUUUACAGUAGAUUGCCUGCAGGGAGCUAUAGAUCUCACCUGAACAACUACAUUAAGCUGUAGUUGUUCAGGUGACUAUAGUGUCCCUUUAACUCUGCAAGGUAAAUUAUUGCAGUUUAUGAAAACUGCAAUAAGUACACUUGCAGGGUUAAGGGUAGUGGGAGUUGGCACCCACUCCAAUGGGCAUAAGUGGUCUGGGUGCCUGGAGUAUCCCUUUAACGGUAAGAAAACUUAAAAACUGGUCACGAAGGGGUUAAAAAAAACUGAAGUAGCACAUCAACAGUUUGUAAUAGUUACUUACCCAGUAAAACAGUGCAUUUGUUUUUGGUAGAAUUGGGCCACAUUACAUUUCAGCACAAAACACAGACAUUCUAUCUAUUAAAUAUGCUAAGGCUGUGUAUAAAUUGGGGUUAUAUAAGAAUACCAACUUGCAUACAUAAUAUACUAAUCCCAUAUAUUGUGGUUUCUUCUUAACACGUUAUGCACAAAGCUAUCAGUCACAUAUACGGAGUCUGUUGAAACAGUAAAUCAUAUAUAGCCUACAUCUGCUAUAUACAGUGACAUAAUGCCUACACACCAUCACAUAUAUUAAGAUUAUAUGAGUAAGAUAAAUGUGAGGCUGCGUUUUCAAAGAACUUCAUGCACAAAUUAUACUACUCACAUAUACUGAGGUUGUGACAAACCGCAACCUGUAUUAGAUUGGAUUCCUAUAUAGAGGUUGUGUCUUAUAUCAUUCACAUAAAUUGUUCUGUUUCCAUUAAUACAUCAAGCAUAUAUUGGACACAUAUACUGAAGCAAUGUCUUCACACCAACUUGCAUGUAGAGAACAUAUACUGAGGCUGUGUUUUCAUUGUAACUCAUAGAGCAUAUAGAGAACACCCACUGAGGGCUGAGUCUUCAGACCAACUCAUACAUACACAAUAUAGUGGAUUCAUAUACUUUGACUGUGUCCUCAUAGUAAUUCAUAUAUAGAGCAUAUAGUUGAUAGUAAUAUUGAGGCUGUGUCCUCAUAGUAACCAAUACAUAGAGCAUAAAGUUGAUACUUAUUCUGAGGUAGUGUCCUCAUACUGAGACUGGGACUUCAGACCAAUUCAUACAUAGAGGAUGUAGUGGAAACAUACUGAUGCUGUGCUACAAACCAGUUCAUGUACAGAUACUGAGGCCCAGUGGUCUCAUAUGCGGUAUAUUUUCCUUCCAAAAGCAUGCCUUUUCUGAAAAAGCAUGCUUAUUUGAUAUAAUGCACAGAUAACGGCAAUCAAUGCCACAUGCCUUGAUAGAAACAGACUUAGUUAGGUUUUAAAACCUGCCAUAUAUGUGUGUGUAUUUCAGUCACCCAGGAAAGGAUUUUUUUUUUUUUUUUUUACCUUGGAUAUUUCUCUGUUUUCAGGACUGUGGAAUUCCUGCAGACUUUAUACAGCCAGGAUAUCCAUUAUUGGCACUCGUUUGCACAAUGCAUACUUUGAUUACCUAAAUGCUUACUACACAAACCUACUGAAUGUGAUCUGUUUGUUAAAAGGAAGCCUAAUCUAAGCAGCUGGAAGGGACUGAAAGAACAGAGACCCAGGUGCCUAUACUAGUUUUAAUCUAAACGCUAAUGCACUUACCUGAACAGCUGCAGGCCUGUGUUUCAGCGGCAAAAUGGGGAUUUGAACAACUGACAGCCUAAACUGUUUAAACUAUAGGCUUCCAUCUGUACCUUAUAUGCCGUUCGUCAUCACCAGUGGGAGAAGGUUUAAACCUAACCCAGACAUGAUGGAAUACAUAGAAGAGGCAUAGCCAGCUAGUCACCUUAUGGAAGUGCGGUUUACUGGGUCUUCAGGGAUAAAGGCUUGGACUCUGCUGGGCCUCAUGUAUUUAUUUAUAAAAUAUUUUACCAGGAUGGAUACAUUAAGAUUUCUCUCGUAUGCAGUGGACCGCUGUCAUCCCCUCAGGGAGAGUGAGAGGUCAGACUCCAGGUUGCUGAAGGAGGUACCCAGGCUGGCAACUCUUACACAUAUGCUGUUUGCUGGGUCUUCAGGUAUAAGAGGCUGAACCUUGGCCUGGCUUCUUGUAGGCAGUAGAUCACAUUCAUCCCCUGAGAGGUUACUCAGGCUGGCGACUCAGAGAGAAUGUGCUGUUGCUGGGUCUUCAGGGAUAAGAGGCUGAAUGCAGUGGACUAUUUCUAUCCGUUGAGGGAGAGAUUGGGUCCAACCCCCAGUCACAAAGGGGGUACCCAGGCUAACUACUCUUACAAUAGUGCUGUUUGCUGGGUCUUCAGGGCUUAGAGGUGGAACCCUUGCAGGGCUACAAAAAUAUUGCCUGGUGAGCAUAAAAGAAAAUUCUAGGCCUGCAUAAGCAGACUCCUUCCAAACUGCUGUGAAGGACAGGAAAAAAGACUGAAACUGGUAUAAAUAGAUACCCCCUUCCCAUCAGGCAGAUUUCUAUUUUCUGUACUUUCUGCUGUGCAGGGAGGAGCUAACCCAUGAGUAAAUGUUGCCAAGAUUGAUCAGGAAAUAAGAUUUUAGCUUUGAUGGAUGCCUUUUGUGAUCCGUUUAAAGGACCACUCGUGGCACCAUUGGAGUUAAACUGUUCGUGAUCAAGCUAAUAAAUUGUCUUCUAGACAAAUACUUAAAGGAAGACCACAGUUAGAAAAAAGACAAAAGAAAAAUAACAUAGUGUCAAACUUUAAAAAAAUAAAAGGAAGGGAAAAAGCUAGCCGUAUUAGGACAUUAAUAGUUAAAAUGUCAUGCAGAAGUUAGGGGGGACGACUAAAAAAAUGAUGUCUUUAUUUCUCACUUUUAAAAAUGUAUUCAUAAUUAUAUAUAUAUAUAUAUAUAUAUAUAUAUAUAUAUAUAUAUAUAUAUAUAUAUAUAUAUAUAUAUAUAUAUAUAUAUAUUUGAUGUAAAAUGUAAGCCCCUUUUCUCCUGAAUAAAAUUAUAUAGAAUAGGGGGCAUGGUUUGACCGCCGAGUGUAAUGGCCGCCUAGUUCGAGCGCUCUGCACCCGAAGCUUCAUGAACUCGCCUGUAAAUCACUUCUGGUGUCCAGCUACACUGUAAGAAGUGCUGCGAUGAAACUCAAUCAGUGGCAGACAUGCUCCCCUCACAGAGGACUAGAGCACAUGGGGUUGGAGAUGGAACCAGCCUGACCCAAUCAGCAUCACCAGGCUUGUCUGGGUCUCCAGGAUCCACUUACCAGCCUCCAGAAGAUUCCUCAGGUGCAAACCCUGGCAGCUAAAAUUGAACGCCCGGCUUGGGAAGUGAUGGCUGAAAUUCAUGCCAUAGGGGUGCGCACAAAGGCCACGGAGAGACGCAUGGAGCAUGUUGUAAAGGCCUACAAUUGAGCCGCAACCCUCACCAACCUGAUCCUACACAGGAUCACAGUUUGAAUUGGAAGACAUCUCCAAUAGAUAGUGCAGAAAUAAUCUACGUAUUAGGGGCCUACCAGAGUCGGUCAGUGAAGGGGACAUAGAGAAGGUCCUUUUGGACUGUUUCUGCCAAAGCCUGGUGGAGAUCCCUGACCGUCUAUUGAUUGUGGACCGAGCCCUCCGAGCCAGAGGCCCCAAGAAGAGCCCCACAAAGGACGUAAUCAUGCACUGGCAUUACUUAAAGACAAAAGAAGCCAUAUUGAAACACAGAAGGAUUCAGGCCUACACUCACAACAUCUCAGAACUUCCACUCUCUCAGGAUGUCGUCCCAGCCACCCUUCUCCGCAGACGUGUUCAAGUUUUACUCUGGUCUAAACUUAGAGAAAAGAAUAAAGGCUAUCUGUUGAAGGACCAAAGUCCUAUAAUGCAUUCCAAUGGGGUUGUGGGCCUUUGGGGGAUGCAACUGUGUAGGGGUAGGGGGAAAGUAUCCAUGUGAAACCAUCACUGCGAGAGGACAAAAAAAAUGUCGGGUGAACAUGUUUGUGGGACGUGUGGUGGGCAUGGGAGAUGAGGGAUAAACUUGUCACAUGUAUACAGCUGUCAGAUUCAGUGGAGAUAAAGAGGACUAAAGAUAUGACACUAAUUGGGGUACCCAUAGGUGAUCCGUGGCCUGGGGGGGGGGGUAGUAUCUCCUAGGGAACAGAGCCUCCUUAGCCAUAAGAGUCACAUUUUGAAGUGCAAUUCUAAUGGGGAGAGUAGAUGCUUUACGAGGACUGCCCUUACCUGGGAAUAGCAAAAAUAACAAAACACAGUAGCACAGAAAAUGGACCCAUAGUGAUGAGGCCCACCCCCCUGGACUCUACUUAGGCCUUCCCACUCUGGAGAAAUGGAUAGUGCCAGACAUACUGGCUUUCCACUGAAAGACUUUCCAAUUUCUCUACCUUAGGCCCAAUGGGAGAAAUAGAAGGAAAAUGGAAAAGGAAGAAAAAUCAAGAAAAUACCCGUACACACUUAAGGAGACCUGUCCCAUGCCCAUAAAUGACUCCCAGGUGCUGCACAGAAGACACGAUGCAGAAACGCAAACCUAAGACAUAGUGUCCAACGCCUAUAACACACUCCCGCACAGUGGGGGCCUUGGCCGUGGUGCAAUCUCCUGCGGGCGACGUGCCCUGGCUCCCAAUCCCCCACAAACAAAUUAAAUAAAUUAAAAAAAUAAUAUAGUUUAAACCCCGAAUUCAUACCCACAAUUGCCCCUGCAAGCUUGCUGGUCCGGGCCUCUCUGGAAUUGAAUGGACUAACGUGGACAACCAUUUCUCAACAAAACUGUAACAAUACAAGGGGAUAGUACUAUCAUGGAUGGCUGGACAAUGGAGCUCAGACUUGCAUCACUCAAAGUUGGACUAAACGUACCUAAUAAACGCAGAAUUCUGCUUAGAGAAAUCAAACAUCAAAUCAAAUUCCUCAAACCUCUACGGUACAAAUAACUGAUAAAAUUUACACCAGAGCCCAUGCGUCCAGGGCACUGCGUAAAAACAUGGCGUAGAAACACUGAUCUCUCUCUCUUUCUCUCUCUCUCUCUCUCUCUCUCUCUCUCUCUCUCUCUCUCUCUCUCUCUCUCCCUCUCUCUCCCCCUCUCUCUCUCUCUCUUCCCCUCUCUCUCUCUCUCUUCCCCUCUCUCUCUCUCCCCCUCCCCUUCCAAACUGCUUUGAAGGACAGGAAAAAAGACUGAAACGGGUAUAAAUAGAUCCUCUCCCUUCCUAUCAGGCAGAGUUCUAUUUUCUGUCCUUUCUGCUGUGUGGGGAGGAGCUGACCCAUGAGUAAAUGCUGCCAUGAUUGAUCAGGAAAUAAGAUUUUAGCUUUGAUGGAUGCCUUUGGUGAUCGGCUUAAAGGACCACUCCUGGCACCAUUGGAGUUAAACUGUUAGUGAUCACACUAAUAAAUUGUCUUAGUGUACAAAGGGACACGGACGAAUUGUACAUUGCCCUGACAGGAACCAUGAACUCCAACACUUACCAUUUACUUAAUGUCUAUGCCCCCAACGUCUGGACGAAACUGGGUGGAAAAAAUAGUGGCAGCACUACCCAGAGGUAUAAUACUCCUGGUAGGUGAUUUAUACUUGAUGCCAUGCCCAGCGACGGACCGCAGCGGUGAUGCAAGCUUACGAAUCUUCUCUCAUGGACCGAUCACGCAGACAUAGAACUGACCCUACGGAUACCGGGAACACACUCUGCAUUUCAGAGACCCACAGGUUAUAAUACAAGUGAAAAAAUAAAUUCCUAAAUUCCUUAUCUCCCCUCCUCUUUAACCUAGCCCUGGAGCCCCUGUUGUACUUUAUUAGGACAAACCCAAACAUCAAAGGAAUGAAAAUAGCAAACAAGGAAUUUAAGGUCUCCGCAUACGCGGACGACAUCUUGCUCACCCUCACAGACCCGAAAGUCUUAUCUGUCCCUUGUCUGCUUGAUCUCCUGGGAACCUACAGACAGGUAUCUGGCUACAAAAUCAAUCUAGGUAACUCGGUGGGUAUUCCACUGGAGAUCUUUGAGGACUUCACAUGGUUGGGGACCAUGACAGGUCUCAAACGGAGUCGGCAACAUAUUAAAUACCUUGGGGUCUAAUGGACAUCAAACCCAGACAACUUGUUUGCCGAAAAUCACUCGCACAUGAUCUGUACACUACUUACUGUAGUGCCAGGAAUACAAAGCUGUAUUCCUCCUGGCACGAUCUGUCCCCCACUUCCAUACCGGUAAAUAAAGGGUUAAAAACCCUUUUAUUUAAUCCCAGCGCCAAUGUUCCUCAGUGCUGGGUCGACGCUCUGCUCCCUCCCACAACGAGUAGGAUCUAAUGCGCAUGAAUCCUUCCUUUCCUAUGGGGUAAAAAUCUGACUGAUUUCCUCAUGCAACGUGUGAGGACGUCCAGGGUCGCAUACCGACCAUUUCGAUUCAGGAAGCCCUCUAGUUGGUUUCUGGUAGACAGCCACUGAAGGCAGACUUAGAGUACCUAAAAAAGGCCUAAUCACAACAUUAUAUACAUAACUGAGCGUGCCUGAAGAUGACGACAAAAUACCCAAUUAUGUUUUGCUCUGGGAAGCAAACCUGCAGCAAACACUAGAACGCGGGGCCUGGCAGGACAUAUGGAAGGCCACAGCAAAGGCCUCUGUGUGUGACACACCAAGAACAAUGUUGUCAAACUCUCAUGAGAUGGUAUACCACCCCAGUAACACAAUUUAGAAUGGGUAAAACUCCCACGGACAGUUGCUGGAGGGGGUGCGGGGAAAAGGGAACAUACGUCCACAUGCGGUGAACAUGUCUAAAAGGAGAGCGGUUUUGGACUAUUAUAGAAAAUAACUAAAAACCCAUGGACCUUUCUCUUUGCAAAACCCAUGAAUGGACUGACUAAUCGUGAGCAAAAGUUAAUGAACAAAAUCAAUCUAGCUGCUAGAACAGCAAUGGCACAAACACGAUGCACGCAAGUCUCUUCAGCUAUGUAAUGGUUGAAUGUAGAAAUGCCACUGACAGCUUGGGUCAUCAACAAAAUUAAGGAGGCACAUGUAAUGGACAAACUCAUUGUACAGGUGUGCAACACUUACCCCGCCCUCACAAAAAUCUGGCAACCAUGGAAGGGUUAUACAUACUGCUGAGGAUUGACCGUACAAGAGGUCGUUGGGCUUCACCGCCCCAGCAGAUAACGGGACUCCUUACAUUCCUCCCUUUCCACUGUUCACUCUUCUUAACUCCUCUUGUUCUUUUCCCACUACCUACUUAAUUUUAUCCUAAAAAAAUAAAUAAAACAUUCAUGAUGGUACAUGGGGAUAGCGAGACAUACUUCUUCAUGCUUCUUCAUGCGAGCAAAGUUGAAUGUAACUUCCUUUAGUCCUGCAGGGCCGAACAUAUCGCGUAUUAAUGCAAACCGAUCAGUUACGUAUUCUUGUAAUCGUUUUGCAUAUGCAUGAUAGAACUACUUACUUGCUGUCUGGCCACCCACUUUGUUGCAAAUGUAUGUUGUGAUGAAAUGUAAACUAAAUUACUUGCUACUCAUCUUCAUACCAAACUUGUUGAAAGUAAUGGCACUGUACCUCCACAGUAUGGCUUGAUCUCAAAAUUAAUGUAACCCCAUAUAUAUAUAUAUAUAUAUAUAUAUAUCAACUUAUAAAUAUUUUUUUUUUUUAAAGUAUAGAAAAAUGUGGGGCACUUAAUAUGAAAACGGUAAAUAUGGUUAAACAAACAUAACUUAAAUUCUAAGUUUUGUUUUGGUCAGUACAAUUUCCUCUGUCCUAAAGGGCUAAAAUCUUUCUUUUAUUACAGUCUGCUGCAGCUGGCACUGCCCCUGAUAUACCUCCUUGGCUGACACCAUCAGAAGUGAUGAUCUAAGCCAAUCACAAUGCUUUCCCUUUGGAUUGGCUGAGAUUGCCAAGGAGGCUGAUCAGGGGCAGAGCCUGCACAAGCCAAACACAGGCCUGUCCAGUCAGCAUCUUAUCAUAGAGAUGCAUUGAAAGUUCAGUGUCUCCAUGCAGAGGGUAGUGACACGGCAUGUCGGUGCGUACUGCCCCAUGAAGCACCUCUAGUAACCUGAGGAAUGGACCUCCCUGAUCCGCAGGCACAGUGCUGGGAGCCGGAAGGGGAGGAAAGGAGAGAGGACCCGAGAGCUCAGCCGGCAGUCCGGGUCCUUCUCUCGUGAGCACGGAGUGUUGCCGCGGUUACCAAGACAACGCUCCGGAUCUCGCAAGAGUGAACUCUACCCCUGGAGCUAUGGGCUAGAGUUCACUCUCACCACUGCGACCUCCAGGGACUCCCCACGAACCACCAGGGAUCGAGAAAUGGCGCCCCUCCCUCAUUAAAGAUAAGAAGGUAGGGGGACACAAAUUUAUUUAUUUAUUUUUUUAAAAAAACACUGCCCCCACACACACACACACCAUACACAUUCACACACUGCCCCACCCAUACAUACACUGCCCCACCCAUACACACAUUGCCCCACACACAUACACAGCACCCCCACACACACACUGCCCUACACACACACACAUACUGCACCCCUUCUCCCUCCCCACACACACACUCUGAACCUUUCACACACAUUGCACCACUCACACACACCACUGCUGCUAUACUCUACUACAGCCCCAUAUCCCAGCAGACCCCACGUAAGUUGUCAAACUGUUCUUAAACGGUUUGAGUACUUACUCUGGGUGGGCGGGGGGGUGUACUAGCACUCCUGGUACUAUAACCACUACACAGAUCAGUAGUGGUUAUUGUGCAUGGAUUAUUUCUUUAAAUAAUCUACAAUUGCCCCUCCCGAGAUCAGGCUCUGAAUCCGCCACUGCCUAGCCACACCUCAGGCUGUGACUCAGACAGCCUCCACGAAAAAAAUAAAUUUCAUUUUCAAAUCAGAUCUUCCAUUUACGGUGUAUUUACUUUAGAAGCAAUUUAGUGUUCUGUUAAUUGAACUUUCAUUACAGAAUGCUAUUGACAGCAUCAGAAGCUUUAGUUCUAAUUAGUUCUGCCACUGAGUAAUGCUAUUAUUAAGUUAUUAAGUUAUUUUUGUAUUUAUUUAUACUUUUAAUAUAGGAAUCUACUCAAGUUCAUCCUGUUGGGAUUUCUUUGUCUGAUGAAGAUAUUGCAGAAGCAGAAAGACUAAAGACAGAAGGUAAAAUGUAACAAAUGUAGACAAGCCACAUCUUGUCACACCUGCCAUUUUGAUGUGGCAGUUUUCCCGUGCACAGAAGCUAAGGUUCCUUUUUCUUUGUUUAUUCUUGAGAAACAGGACACCAGAGGAUCACAGUUCAAGCAGAGGAUACUUAUGCAUGCUCACCCACUAAGCUCUCAUAAUGGGUGCCUCAGCCAUUGGUAUCAUUUAUCAUGCAGAAGACUUUUUUUUCACUUGUUCAAGCCUGUAGACUGCAAUGAGUUUCACUGGAAAGCAGUGAGAGGAUAUUACUGGGAAACCUACUGUUUUCUGCACUUUUUCAUUUCCUUGGCAGAGAUGUAAAAGUCGACAGAGCUAAUCUUUAUACAUGCAAAAAUGCAGUGGAAAAUGCCUUGUGUAUCAUAAGCAGUAUGGAAUGAAGCAACAUAUGCAAGCUAAAAAAAAAAGGACCUCUAAACAUUAGGAAAGUGUACCAUAUGAUAUACAGUUGGGCAGUGAUAUUUGUAAGGUGUACUUGCGAGUUGCGAAUGCACAAGUCUGUAAUUGUGGUGCACAUUCUGAGAGCAGCUUAUUUCCCUAAUAAUGUCAUGUGAAAUGGAUGAUUGAAGGUAAAUAGUAUAGCACUUUUUAUGUCUUAAAAAUGUGAACUGAGCAAAUUACUUUUGUAUCUUGAACUGAAUUAACUCAUGUUUUUGUACUUUUAUGUUCAAUUAGCUGCUAGAGUUAUACAUGGACCAACAUCGCCAUGCAAGAGUGCUCUGGUGCUAUUCUCUGCUUUAACAUAAUUUAACUUGUGUUUUUUUUUUUUUUGUUUUUUUUUUACUCAGGUAAUGAACAAAUGAAAGUAGAAAAUUUUGAAAGUGCUAUUUCCUAUUACACAAGAGCUCUGGAACUGAAUCCUAAAAAUGCUGUAUAUUUCUGCAACAGGUAUGUCUGUGUCAGGAAUAUUGCUUGCAUGUGACCAUUUAUAAUUUUUUUGUUUUUUUUAAUUUAUCUUUACAAAUAUAUAUUUUUGAUCUUAACUGUUACUCAACAACUCUUUGUAUUAAUGCUCAGGGCUGCAGCUUACAGUAAACUGGGAAAUUAUGCUGGAGCUGUCAGAGACUGCGAAGAGGCUAUAGAAAUCGACCCUAAUUACAGUAAAGCCUAUGGCAGAAUGGGGUAGGUUGCAUGCAAACAUCCACAAUACUGUGUAGUUUACUAUCUUUUUUUCAGUCCUGCUUCCUUCCCAACCUCCCUUUAGUAAUAAUACAUUGAUUUAAAAUGGUAAAACUGAAAACAACCCAUUCUUCCAUAUAAAUUGUACAUUGACGUGUGUGCUCCACUUCACAUAACUUGAGGAAGAUUGAAGAUAUGACUGAAGCCUUGCAUUUUCCCAUCUUUUCCUUGAACUUUUUUAUUUUCUUCAUCUCCUCUCUUGUUUUUCUAUAUUGUUUUCAUAAUUUUCGCUGUCCUUUUCCCUUUCCUUUUCCUUAUCCCAUACUUUUUUUGUUUUUCUCUUAUCUGUCUGGUGAGAUACAUUAUUGCCAUGUAUGUUUUACAUUUUCCUACACAUACGUAAGCUAAGAAUGGAUAGAAUUAUUUUACUCUUAGAGUAACAAUCCAAGUGGCAUAACCACUACAGUAUGCUGUAGUGGUUAUGGUGCCAGGAGUGCCCUAAUGCUGUAAGUAGUCCAACCACAAUAGUUUGAAUUCUUACCUUGGUUCACAAGGCGCUGAUUCUCCUCCUCCACUAUUGAGGACGGAAAGCCCCAGGCACCCUCCAUUUGUAAGCAAUUCACCCCAAUGGUUUAACUGAUUACCUUGGUCCACUCCCAGCCCCCCCCCACUACUGAUGAUGGAGAGCUGGAAGUUGCUAUGCAGUGUUCCUUUUAAGAACAGUUUGACAACUUACCUUCUUUGCUGCCAGAACCUCCUGUCAUUGAGAUAAGCCCAUCUCUGCAGGACCAUGCUUAUUGGCUGCUGAGGAGUCCAUGCAUGGUGCCCAGUGGUAUCCUUGAAAGUUGUCAAACCAAUUUAUAUACAGAAGAUGCCAGGUCACUCCUUGCACCACACCUAGUGGUCUGUUGUAUUUAUGGUGAUUGGAGUGAUCAUUUGAUACAAUUUAUUUUAUUUUUUUUCUCCCGCAACGGUUUUCCCAACUUAUGAUUUUCUGUCUGCGAAAGCUAAAAUUUGAUGUAAUAAAAUAUACAUUGAAGCCAAUAUCCAUUGUUUUCAUGGACUGGGGAUCUAGAUGUGGCAAUUUAUAGAGCAGGGACAUGUAAUGGGUGUGGUUAUAUUGUAUUAAGGAAGGUAAAUGUACUGGUGUGUGAGAUAUGAAGGUAGAGUUUAGACCGUUGCUUAUGUAGCUCUGCUAUUUUGGGUGGGGGGGGGAGGGUGUGGCUUGGAAUGGCCUUUUGGGUAAGGGAAAGCAUAUUUUGGACAAAUUUAGUGAGGUUAUAGAGCGAGAAUAAAUUAGAACAAAUGUCUCCACAUAAAUUCGAUUGGAGACAUGUAAGAAACUAGAAAGAAACAAUGCUAGUUGGGUACAUGUUUCUAGCAAAUUGUCAAAUUUCAAAUGGUCAAAUUUAGCUUAUAAAUGACAAAAUGAAAAUGAAUGGGGAAAUUAAAAUCAAAUUGAGUAGUCUCACUGUAAUAUAAAUCCUUCCGUAAAACAUGUGAUGGGAAAAGUGAGUGGAAGGGAGAAUGUUAAGGUAGAAGGCCAGGUUAUCAGUGCUAAUUUAGGUCAGUCGUUGCUACUAGGUGCCAAGCGGCUCUAUGAUGGCCGUGGAACAGUAGCACUAAAACGUAGCAGUGAUGUGGACCGCUUGGUAAAAUAGAUUCAAUAUGAGUGACCUGACACUAUAUUCCCAGAACUAGGUGGAGCAAGGCUGUAGCUAUGAAUUGAGCCGAUGGGCAAAUUCCUCCGUGUGUGAAUAGGCGUUGGCCUUGUGGGACUGAUUUACAACUAAAACUAAACUAUUGGACAUUGGAUAUGUCCUAUAGCCCAUUGAUCUGUCCCUGUGCACGAGUUGUGGAAGGAAACGAAAACAUAAAGUUUGGUAGAUUGUAUGUCAGGGAAUCUAUGUACCUUUCACUAUUAGUAGUGUGCGGUACCGAGAUUUGCGUGAUUGAUCGUAAAGAGGAAACCUAUAGACACAUUAACAACAAUAGGUAUCUAUUAUGCGUGCACUACAUCCUAAACUGAUAUUGAGAUCUACUUGCCAAUGUACUGGUCAAAAAAUAGAAGGUAAGACCUAAAGGAUAAGGAAACACAUGAAGAAUGGAACUAACUGUGCUUGAAUACACCAAUGCAAUGUAGUAAAGGGUUAACAAAAAUUACCUGAGCAAACGUAUAGUAUCUCAAGCUUUAGUAGUUAUCUCACUGCAAUCCUUUUCAACUAAAUAAAUCUCAACAUAGCUAAGCAAAGACAAAUAGCCUAUAAAUGAAACAAACAUGUAUACCAGUUGUAUGAAUAAGUAAUAUAGCCACAAAGCUUCAGGCAUAAUGUAAAAUUACAUGUAAGUUCUUUUGAUUACUUCCAAUUCCCAGGGAAAUAAAUUAACUGGUCUUACAGUGAUUUGAAAAUUGUUAGAAAAAUACUUUUUUCUUUUUUUUAAUUUAUAUUUUUCUCUUUUUUUCUCUCCACUUUUUCUUAUAUAUAUUUUUAUUUAUUAGCUUAUUUUAUUUAAACUUUGUCCCCUUCUUUUUUUUUUUUUUUUUAAAGGCAAACUCCCCUUCCUCCUCCAGCUUUAUUGAUAGUUUUAAAUAUACAUUUCUAUGUUCUAGGACUUCAGUUUCUUUAACCAUCUGAUUUUUUUUUUUUUUAAACUGAUUACAAGCAAAUGAAACUCAAACGGUUGUCUAAAUUAAUAUAGUAUACAAAAAUAACAUCUCGAUUUUAUUGAAAACAUUUCUCUGACAUUCCUGAAUAGCUUAGACUUCUCAUUUGCUAAAUUAACUGAUACACAUCCUGGGUUUCUCUCAUUCCCAUGAAAACAAAAACCAAAAGAAUAAAAUAAAAAUAAACCUUGCUUUCACCUGUAUCUCCAAUGCUAACUCAGUGGCCGAAUUGGUUUAAUCUGCCUGUUUUAGACACUGCCACUAGCUGACUGUGACGUGUUUCCACCCACGCUGUAGACCGGGCCCUGAUAAAGAGGUAACAGCUGAGGUCGGACAUUGAGUCCAUCAGACUUGAAUGGUGGGAUUUUUCAGACACUUUAGUAGCCCUUCCCCACUAGCACAGGCACUGUCGAAAUACCUGUAAAGUAUUACUGUCUGACUCAACUCUUCCCAUUCAUUAAAUCCCAAUUCACCAGCGGCAUGGAAAGGAGAUCUUUAACAAAGCAUUAUACAUAACACCUCUACCAAACUAAACAAACCUUUUUUUUUUUUUUUGGUAGUUAAAUGCAAAAAGUCGUUUUUUUUUCCCACCCCUUUCCAACUUUUACACGUCAAGUAAAGCCUGGGACUAGCUCUAUCUGCCAACCUUUGGCCAGUGAAGAGGAUUCAGAGAAAAUAAUACAACCAUCAAUCAGAAAAAGGAGGGGCGACAAAGGAAGUUUAAGCUGUAGCUUCAAUCGUGCAUUACCAAGCAAGGUGCCCUGACUCCCCACAGCGGUAACAGUUGACUUCACUGGUCUUGUUGCAAAUUAUGGCUACGUGGCCAGUUUCACCACACCUGUAGCAUUUCACUUUGGUCACAUUCAGAAAGACUGCACCAAACUCUCCACAGGAAUAGCACUUCUGGUCAUCAUGAUCACAGUCCCGAGCAAGGUGGCCAGGCUUGCCACAGUUGUAUCAGCCUUCUCCUUCCUUGGUUCUUUGCAAUCCUUUGCAAUAUGCCCACCACGGCCACAGUUAUAGCAUGCAUCCUCCUGAAGAUCACAGUCCUUGGCAAGAUUGCCAGAUUUUUCACAUCGAUAACAGAUAUCCGGCAGAGAUAAAGAAAUUAACUGGAUACCCCUGGAUGAAUUAAAGCCACCUCUUCCACCACGUCCACAACCCCCUCCAGUUGGGCACUCCCGGGCGACCACACUUAAAGCACUCGUUGCUCAUUUUCAGAUUAGUUUUCCUGUUUCUCUGCCUGCGCCUAAACUUUGUCCCUUUUGUAAAUCUUUAUUUUCUCCUUGCUGUUUUUAUUUAAAACUUCCCUCCCUCUCCUUUUUUUUUUUUUUUUCUCUUGCUGUUUCUAUUCUCCUCCUUGUGGGUUGCUACUGCUGAUCUAACUAGGGAUUUGUAUUGCCAAUAUAAACCCACUACUGACUUACAGAACUUGCUCACUGGAGUUUGCGUGAAAGUAGGCUAUUUAAAGUAAUCUCUUUUACAUAGGAGUUGAAAAAAACAAGAGUUUAAACAAACAAAGAGGGUUAAUAUUGUUUUGCUCACUUGUGUUUUAAGAACUGGGAAUGAGUGCUAACAAGAUUGAGUUUUACUUAAUGCAAAUCCUGCUGCAUGUAUGCAUGCCUGGAUGAAUUUGUCCAGGGUGCAUACCUCAGUUGUGGGUGUGAGGGAGUGGCUUUUCUGGAAGCUCAGAUUGGAAAUCUUGAGAGGCAAAUUGCAACACUGAGGGAGAUUGACAAUCUUGAGAGGAGUCUGCUGUUCACUAAAGGUUUAGCUAGUCCUGAUCUUGUGCAGCCUAACAGAUUUGCCAGUUUCAGUGAAGAUGUUAGGAGCAUCAGCUCAGGAGUAGCUGUACUGCAGGAAGCUGUUUCUUCUAACAGCUGUGGGAACAGCCCUUCUAGUAUGGGUAGGGUUGAGAGGAUAAGGAAGGCUAGACAGGUUGUAGUGGUAGGGGACUCUAUUAUUAAGAGAGUAGAUGGGGUAAUCUUCCACUCUGAUUAUCUCAACCGGACAGUUUGCUGUCUCCCGGGUGCUCGGGUCCGGCAUAUUGCCGACAAAGUGGUGGGAUUAUUGGGAGGAGCUGGUGAUGACCCAGCUGUCAUGGUCCAUAUUGGUACCAAUGACAAAGUCAGAGGAAAAUGGAAGGUCCUAAAGAAUGAGUUCAGGGGACUAGGAAGAAAGCUAAAGAAAAGGACCUCCAAGUUAAUAUUUUCAGAAAUAUUAUCUGUGCCGCACGCUACAGCAGAAUGGCAGCGGGAGAUUAGAGCGGUCAAUGUGUGACUGAAGUCUUGGUGCAGAAAAGAGGGUUUGGUAUUUUUACAUCACUGGGCCGAUUUUGCGCUUGGGUACAACCUGUAUAGUCAUGAUGGGUUUCACCUAAACAGAAGAGGGUCUGCUGUGCUGGGGGAUAAGAUGGCUAGAAGGUUGGAGGAGAUUGUAAACUAGUAGUAGGGGGAGGGUCAAACCAAUCUAAAAAAUGGAGAUAGGAUAGAAGGGAGAUGGGCUUUAGCUCAGUAUAAUGGGGUGGAGAUGGGGGGAUGGGAAAGCUCAGAACAGAGGAGGUAUGUAAUAUUGAUAAAAAUUCACAAAAAGUACAAAUGACUAAUGAUAUUAAAUGUAUGCUUACUAAUGCAAGGAGCCUAUAUAACUAAAUGGGGGAACUAGAGGCAAUAGCAUACACUAAACAAUAUGAUAUAAUAGGCAUAACAGAAACAUGGUGGGAUAAGACACAUGACUGGGCAGUUAACUUAAAUGGGUACACGUUAUUUAGGAAGGAUAGGAAAAACAAGGAGGGUGGGUAUGUUUCUAUGUGAACCAUGAGUUAAAGUCAAAUCUUAGGCAUGUCGGGUGUUCUGAGGAAAAUGUAGAAGCUUUGUGGGUAGAUAUCUGCUUGGGGCAAACAAAGAGAAAUCAAUUAUUGGUUGGGAUAUGUUAUAAACCACCUAAUGUAAAUAUUAUUGAGGAAGAACAGCUGUUAGAACAAUUUGGGAAAGCUGCAAAUCGGGGUAACAAGUUAAUUAUUGGAGAUUUUAAUUACCCGAACAUAAAUUGGGAUAGACUGACUAGUACUUCAGCAAGGGGAAUCAGGUUUUUGAAUGUGUUAAAUGAAACCUUCAUGUCACAACUGGUACAAGCACCAACUAGAAAGGAUGCUUGUCUGGAUCUCUUCAUAACAAACAAUGUUGAUCUUUUGACCAACAUUCAAGUAGGGGAGCAUUUGGAAAAGGGUUAUAAAAUAUGGUAAUUUUUCAAAUAAUCAAAAAAGCAAAAGCCAAUUUCAAUAAGAUUAGGGCAGCUUUACAACAUAUCGACUGGCAUAAACUCCUUCGUGAAAAAAACACUGAGAAUAAAUGGAAACUAUUCAAACAAAUAUUAGAAAGGUACAUUUCUCGGUGUAUAUACCAUUGGGUAAUAAAUAUAAAAUAAACAAAUUGAAACCAAUGUGGCUUAGUAGAGAAGUAAAAACAAGAGAUUAAAUCAUUUAACUAGGACAAAUGAGAGGCAUCCUAUAUAAUAUAUAAAGAAGCCAAUAAUGCUUGCAAAAAGGCAACUAAAGUGGCUAAACUAGAAAAUGAGAUUGAUAGCCAAAGAAUGCAAAACCAACCCCAAAAGUUUUCAAGUACAUAAAUUAAAAAAAUACACAGAAAACAGAGAUGGAUCUGUUAGCUAAUGAAGACCAGGAAAAGGCAGACAUUUUAAAUACCUAUUUUUUUUCAGUAUAUAUUAAUGAGGAUCCGAUUGGAAGAGAUAUGCAAAUGAUUGCUGAAAAAAACUUGCAGAUAACUUGUGAUUGGAUGACUCGCGACCAGGUGCUACAGCAGUUAAAGAAAAUUCAUGUAAAUAAAGCUCCGGGGCCUGACUGUAUUCACCCACGAGUAUUUAAGGAGCUAAGUGGGGAAAUAAGUGAACCUUUGUAUUUAAUUUUUCAAGAUUCUUUUGUUUCAGGUAUUGUACCGGAGGAUUGGAGGAAGGCAGUUGUCGUUCCUUUAUUUAAAAAGGUUCAAAAUCCUUGCCUGGAAAUUAUAGACCUGUCAACUUAACUUCUGUGACUGGGAAAAUAUUUGAAGGGCUAUUAAGGGAUAAUAUUCAGGAAUUCAUUGGGAAAAACUUUAUUAGCAAUAAUCAACAUGGCUUUAUGAAACAUUGAUCAUGUCAAACUAACCCAAUUGCAUUCUACAAAGAAGUAAGAAGAAGUAUAGAUCAGGGUGUUGCAGUGGAUGUGAUCUACUUGGAUUUUGCCAAGGCAUUUUAUACGGUUCCUCAAUAGGUUAGUCUUCAAAAUAAAAAAAAAAAUUGGUCCAUAUGAAUAUUAUUGUUCUUGGGUAGAACAUUGGCUUAUGGAGAGAGUACAACAAGUUGUCAUUAAUGGUAUAUGUUCAGGCUGGACAAAAGUGGUAAAUGGUGUCCCUCAGGGGUUCUGUUUUGAGGCCGCUUCUAUUUAACAUAUUUAUAAAUGAUCUUGAAAUAGGCAUUGAAAGUCAUGUUUCAGUGUUUGUAGAUGACACAAAACUUUGUAAAGUAAUAAAAUGUCAGCAGGAUAUUUCUUUGCUGCAGAGGGAUUUGAAUAGAUUGGGGGACUGGGCACUAAAAUGGCAGAUAAAAUUUAAUGUAGAGAAAUGCGAAGUUAUGCAUUUUGGUGUCAAGACUGCACAAGCAACUUACACCUUAAAUGGUAGUGAAUUAGGGAUAACCACACACUAGAAGGAUUUGGGAACUGUUAUAGACAACAAAUUAAACAGCAAUAUGCAAUGUCAAUCUGCAGUUGCUAAGGCCAAUAAGGUUUUGUCAUGUAUAAAUAGGGGCAUAAAUUCUCAGGAUGAAAAUUUUGCCUCUUUAUAAAUCGCUGGUAAGACCACACCUUGAAUAUGCUGUGCAGUUUUGGGCACCUGUUCUAAAGAAGGAUAUCAUGGCACUAGAAAAAGUGCAGACACAAGCUACAAAAUUGAAAAAAAGGAAUGGAGCAUUUAAGUAAUGAAGUAAGUUUAAAAAAUGUAAAUCUCUUUAUUCUUGAAAAACGGCGCCUCAGAGGGGAUAUAACAUUAUACAAAUAUAUUUGGGGCCCUUACGAACCAUUAUCUGAAAAUCUAUUCAUAAACCAUGCUAUAAAUAGGACACAUGGUCAUGCAUUUAGGCUGGAAGAAAGAAGAUUUCAUCUAAGGCAAAGAAAUUUUUUUUUUACAGUAAGAGCAAUAACGAUAUGGAAUUCUCUGCCUGAAGAGGUGGUUUUAUCAGAGUCCAUACAAAUGUUUAAACUGCCAUUGGAUAAAUACUUACAAAAACAUAACAUACAGGGAUAUAAUUUCUAAUUAGUGGGGUAAUAGCUGCUUGAUCCAAGGAGACAUCUGACUGCUAUUUUGGGGUCAAGAAGGAAUUAUUUUCAUAGUUUUGUUGCAAAAUUGGAAGCACUGCAGACUAGGUUUUUUGCAUUCUUUUGAAUCAACAGCAAAAAAAAAAUGUGGGGGAGGCUGAACUUGUUGGACGCAAGUCUCUUUUCAGUCAUGCAACGUGUGAUCAUGUCUUGUGAUAAAGCCAAAAUGUGACUAAAAUAUGGUGGGACAGCAAAACCUACCAUGAAAAAGAUGUAUUUAGGAUUUACAGUAGCAUGGCCAAGUGAGUUCUGGGCAGGGGAAAAAAAACACGCAUAGCCUAACGAGGCAGAGUAGGUGUGUAACUUAUGCAGCAUGAGCUUGUAAGGGCUGUAUGCGGUAAAAAGUCACUAAAGAAUAAGUGGCAUGUAGAUUGUGGUGGUUGUACCAGUAUAUAGCUGAGGUAAGGGUUACUGCAGUACCCACAUAAAAUCAAAAUACAAACAUUUCCUAUUGUGCUGCUGACACCUCCCUCUGCAGCUUCAAACAGGGUAAAGUAAUCCACAAAAAUGGGAAAAAUUAGGGCAGCGCAAACAAUUACAAAAGUGCACACCAAGCCAGUAAGUAACCUCAUGCUGAUGAGUUGCCUUAACAACAAAUCAGCUGUCCAUGAGUGGUUCACUGGCUUUGCAUCAUUUCCUAAGUUGUGUUUCAAAGCUGUUGUAUACAGAAAACAAAGACUCAAAGGAAUCCAUGUUUAAAAUGGAAUGAGGCAAAAAUAUUAUUCCUUGAUUAACUAAUUUGCAUAUGCCCACCCAGAAUCCUUUGCGGUAGUAACAUUACUGCAAAUUUGUGAUUUCUGUGGGAAAAGCAAGUCUUAUGACUUGACUGGUGUGCAGAUCUUUGUUUAACAUUGUAACAUUUAACAUUAACUUCCGCGUGGAAGCAAAGUGAUAAUAGUCCAAAAUCAGCUAGAACACCAAUACAGAGUCUCUCUUUUCAUAAUAAUAAUCCCCGCCUAUGGAUCAAGUGCAGAGGUAAUUCUUCGAAUUAUAGGUGUGGUAGAGGGUAUCCUCAUAAAAAAAUAAACAAAUAACAAUCGUAUAUGGUUAAGUAUGCAGAGCUAUGAAGCAAGGGUAAGUAAAAACUAUAAAAUUUUUAUUUUAUAGUUUUUACCUACCCUUGCUUCAUAACUCUGCAUACUUCACCAUAUGCGAUUUUCUUUUUCUUUUUUUAUAGGAUGCCCCCUACCACCUAUAAUUUGAAGAUUUACCUCUGCACUUGAUCCAUAGGUGGGCUUAUUCCGCCCAGGCGCAUACACUGGAGCUGUAUUGAAGCUCCAGGAAAGUGUGAGUGCACAUCUUUUAUUUUACCUAUCACAACUGCAAUUUUAAAUGCUACACUAUUAUUUCUUCUCUGGUUCUCUUCACAUAUACCUUGUCAAGGAUUACUGAAGCACUGCACCUACCCCCCUGUUUUUAUUGUAUUAACUAUAUAUGCAUGUGUAUUUAAAAUUAGGGGUCGACCGAUAAUGAUUGUAUUUUAUUUAUUUUUUAGGGUCAAUAUUAAUAUGUGACCUUUCAAACCGAUAAGGGGGCAGCUAAUCUAAAAGUGUUUUUUUUUUGUGUGUGUGUUUGUAAUUAUUAUAUGUAUUCUUCAUUUUAUUCCCCCAUCCCUGCCCUUAACCUGUGGCCAGGAGAAGGACAUUGCCCUCCUUGGUCGUUCAGUGGCUUUGUGCACGCUGCCAGGGAGUUUCACAUUUUCAAAGGGGGCAGCUGGGACCCAGCACAGCAAUCUUCUGUUUCCCCCAGGUCCUUUCACGGGCCUGGUAUGUCAUGCAGAGCUUUGAUGGCUGGGGUCCUCAUAUUAGGCUGAUACCGAUAUUUGCCAUGAUGGCUAAUACCAGCUCAUAAUAUUGGCCAAACCGAUAAUCUGUCAAUAUCUCUAUCUAUCUACUCAAACCUAGCAUAAUCAAAACUGCUCUCUGGUAAUAGGAAUAUUUUAUUUAAUGUUACUAUAUUCAUUGCAAGACACGUUUUCCUUUCUUCUAGCCUUGCACUUUCCAGUUUAAACAAACAUGCAGAAGCUGUUGAAUUUUACAAAAGAGCGCUUGAACUUGACCCAGACAAUGACACCUACAAAAUAAACCUUAAGAUUGCUGAACAGAAGAUGAAAGAGAUCCCAAGUCCAGUGAGUAUCUUAUUUUCCAUUUCUAGUCUCGUGUAUGAUAUCACUAUUUGCAAAAUUAAACAUGCAAUUUUUAUCCUGUAGACUUCUGCUCCUGGAGGAUUUGAUAUAGCAGGAUUGCUGAAUAAUCCUGGUUUUAUGAACAUGGUAAGUGUACUGUAGUAGUGAUAUUUGGCCUCCUAAACGAAAUGUUCUUUUCAGAAGGCCUAAUGGUGUACUUAGUUCUUAUAAAUUUCCACAUAAGUCACCUCUUUCAAUACCUUGAUAAAAAAUUUGUGUUAUAAUAUGGUUUUUUUUUUUACCCCUCCACAGGCAUCAAACCUCAUGAACAAUCCACAGGUACAACAACUGUAAGUGCAAUACACUAUAGUUCACUAUAACCUGUGCAAUAGCCAUCAACCAAAACGUAGAAAUGUGUGGUCCACAAUUGUUGUAAUGUAAAGGUUUUACAUUUAUUUUAAUUUUUUUACAUUUUCUGAAGCAGAUGUUCAUAACAUGUGCCUGUUUAACUGUAAACAAAAGAUACAAAUAACUUGCUGUACAGUAGCUGGAUAGUCAGUGACUGUACUACUUACCACACAUUUAUUAUAUAGUUACAUUAUUUUGCUUUGAAUCACUAAGAAACAUAGAAGCAGGGUUAUCAUACGUAUGGGCAUGCUAUGCACCAUAACAACUAGAGCAUAUUGUAGUGGUGAUAAUAGGGGGAAGUUAUCCACAGAAAGUUACAUUUUUACUUUGUUAUUUAGUUAUUUUGCCUAACCUGUGCCAUUCACACUCCACCAUUCUUCUCUGAUAUCCUAGGCCUAGGGGGAAGCAUCAUUUUCCCAUUCAAACGUAAAUGCACGACCUGCUUACACUGCAAAUCACCUUCAUUUAAUUGAAAGGGUUGUUCUGUGGGCAUGUCUGCAUAAAAAUGCUGAUCAGUGUUCAUAUGUGUAUUGGCGCAUUUACAACUGAAUUGCAAGACGAGGGAGUUUAUACUCAAUUUGUACAAGUAGGCUAAAAAGGCUAAACGAUGUCAUCAUACUUUGACAGUAGAAAUGGACAGCAUCUAUAUCCAACCUCUGUGGCUAGGUUAAUAUAGAAAUGGGUGGUUGGUUGACCUAGUGCACUCAGGCUAUCACUUACUUUAUUGUUACCACUUAGAUUUAGAUGAAUAAGGAUGUUUAGCAUUAAUAACAUACCCAGGAUGUACUUGAAAACCUGAGCAAUCUGAAUGUACCUCUCCUGGUUAAAUAUUUUGUUAUUAGCAGAACCACAGCAAAAUAAGGGCCAUGACUUUGUAACAGCUCAAACUGUGUGUUGCCAACCGGUGGACGGACCAUUGCACGCUUAUGUACCCUAACUGCUGUAAUGAGUGCCCCUUAAUGUGCUAUUUAAUAUACUGUAGAUUUUCCACACAGAAGUAAGUAGAAGCUGUUGUACACGCAGUACAUAUGUAUUUGAAAUAUGCUAAGCCUAAACAACUACACUGAACAAAUUGUUUCCUUUAGGUGGGUACUGUAAAUGAGAUGCAUGUAAUAGUCAAAGGAAAGUCAAGCAUGUCUGAUCCUAGUUUUCUAUUUUUCUAGAUUUGCAAGCAUAAAAAAAUCAAUUCUAUAUUAUUCUAUGUCAUUCUAAUAAUUUUUAUCUAGUAAAUAGUGAUGUCCCGAAUGGUUCGCCGCGGACGGUGAACAUAUGUGGUAAACUUUGACCCUGUACCUCACAGUCAGCAGACACAUUCCAGGCAAUCAGCAGCAGACCCUCCCACUCUUGGACAGCAUCUAUUUUACAUUCAUUGUGAAGCUGCAUUCUUAGUGAGCUGUCCAGGAGGUGGAAGGGUCAGGGAGGGAGGGUCUGCUGCUGAUUGGCUGGAAUGUGUCUGCUGACUGUGAGGUACAGGGUCAAAGUUUACCGCAUAUGUUCGCUGUCCGCGGCGAACCGUUCGGGACAUCACUACUAGUAUAUAUAGUACCUUCAAUGUCUAUAAUCUGUGAGAGUGUUACCAACCACACUUCUUGCUUUGUUUUGAAGGUUUUUCUUUGUGUGGUGUGGUGUUUUUUUUAAUUUUUUUUUAAAUACAUAUUCUUUUAUUCUCACUACUACAGAAUGUCAGGAAUGAUCUCUGGUGCUCAUAAUCCAAUGGCUGGUGCAGCAGCAGCAGCAGCAGCGGCUUCUGCAAACCCAUCUCCUAAUGACCUGGCCAGUCUUAUACAAGCGUAUGUAUAACUUAAGCACCAGUACUGCUACUUUUUAUUUUUUUUAUUUUUUAGUGUCUUAAAAUAUUUAUGUUCCCAUUUAUGUUGCCAUUUAGCCCUAUACAUGAUUGCUAAAGUAUGCUUUUAGGCUGCCAUUGUUCCUCUGCUCUCUCACUGUAUUCACAGGGAACAGCUGUAUACAGUAAAUGGACAGCCACCCUCCCUUCAGGGGAGGAGAAACUGAUCAGAGGGUGGUUGAGGCUGACUGGGAACUUAAAGUUGGCUGAGGGCAGAGUGAUAGUGUGCUGUAACUCCUAGAGCAAGAAGCAAACUGCAUUAACAGCAUAGCUCUAUUACUAUGCGGCAUUACACUUCACAUCAUAAUGAAGCAGGGAAGCAGCAUGAUGGCUGCUGACAAGAGUUUUGGUGCACAGUCACCACUACACCACCAGGGUAAAUGUGGGUGGUUUCAAUUUGAUAUUUAUCAAACCACUGUUCAGUUUAUAAUAAUACAUUGCCAGCUUUUUCCCCCUAGUGCAGGGGUGGGCAAUCUGCGACCCUCCAGAUGUUUUGGACUACAUCUCCCAUAAUGCUCUUAGGAUCAUAAUGCUAGCAAAGCAUCAAGUGAGACGUAGUCCAAAAAAUCUGGAGGGCCGCAGAUUGCCCACCACUGCCCUAGUGGGAUCAAUAAUUUUUAAAUCUGUGUGUGGUGUUUUUAUAACGGUUUGUGUGUGCGUGGGUGUGUUUCUGCUGGAAUGAUGUCCUACUUUGAUGUCUAUGUAAGUAUAUAUGUCAGACAUUGUGUAUCUGUUUGUUUCUGAGACUGUGUGGUGGCAAUGAAUUCCUGUGUCUGUUUGUAUAUUCUGGCAGUUGUAUCAGUGAAUGUUUUUGGAGUGUAUGUGUGAGCACAUGAACGUGUGUAUAUUUGUGUGUAUUUUUGUGUGUAUCAGAGUAUAUAUGUGCAUAUAUUAAUGUAGAUUAAAAAAAGGCAGAUAUAGGCGCUUUCUAUAAUAUGGACAUGCACCAGUAAAUCUACAAGGAUUCCUAAACCUUGCAUAAAAUACAGAAAUGUGACAAAACAAGUGAUAAACCACACCAAACACAACCAGAAAAUCACACGGGUGAAAUCAAUCUUAAGUGACCCAGUGGUGUGUUGUGAAUAAAUAUUUAUACUUGUUCUCCUUGGAGUAAAAUACUUUUGGUUUUGUAUUUCUUUUUUUAUGACACACAGAUUUAGAAGUUAUAAGCUGGUCAGUUUUUAUUCUUGUGUAUCAUCAUUGUGUCAAUUUCUCAGUGAUGAAAUAAGUAAUUUAAAUAUUUAUGAUGCUAACGGGAAUUGAUCAAAAGGGUAGGAAAAUUAGAGAGUUUUAUUUGCUGCGAUCUUUGUUCAUUUUCACUCCCUCCUUCCCACCAUUUUUCCCUCUUCCCCUCAGUUUCCUUUCCUUUUCCAUUAUCCAAAACUUAUUUUAAAUCUAAUAAAAUGAUAGUGUAAUUCUAUUAAAAGUAUCUAUUACAAAUACAUUGACGUUGAAAAUCAAACUCCAUUCACACAACCAUGGUUACCUGUCCCAGUGUGAGAGUGGAGGCGUCAGUUGGAAGGAGUCUCAGGCAAGUCUGUAACCAGAGGCCACAGUCUCCAUGUGUCAUUAUAAAACCCCAAGUUCUCAAGGCUAACAUAUACAGCUUUCUCCAUGAAUCUCUGAUAGUUAAUCUGUGAGGCUAUUUCAGUCCAUUUAGGGAUCGCCUCAGAUCUCCAUUUUCUCGCCAAACAGACUUUGGUGGCCAUUAAUAUAUGCACAAUUAGCAUUUUUUGUUCUUCUUCCAAUUUGGGGAAAUCCAAAUGGAACAAAAAGAGUUGUGGGGUCAGUUCAAUAUGGGACUGUGUUAAAUUUGUAAGUUAAUUUUCUAACUUGACCUUCAAAGGUAAUAGGCAGGUACAUUCUCACCAUAUAUGCCGUAUAGUUCCAGUUUCCCUCUCGCAUCUCCAACAAAGAUCACUAAUGUUGGGUUGAAAGUUACUUAACCUGUCUGGUGUCAGAUACCAUCUGUGUAAAUUUUUUAGAUAACUCUCUAACAGUGAAAUACUACGAAUAGGUUUUUAUUUUAUUUAUUUUGUCAGAUUUAAAGCGGUAACCCAUUCACUGUAUACAAAUUCUGUGCUCAGCUCCCUUUCCCAUCUCAUAAUUCCGCGAAGCUUUGUACCCGUUUUGCUUGUAUACAAUAAUUCUCUAAUCUUAGAAGACACAUUGGAUCAAUUAUCUAGGUCAUAGAGUUUAUCCAGCUUAUUACCGCUCUUAAUUUCCCUAUUUAAAAAAAAAUAAUUUAAAGUUAAGUAAGGUAUUCCAUGAUUUAUACAUAGAGUAGUGAAAGGUCUAAAAAUCACUCCGUCAAAUAGGUCACCAAUAUAUACAAUGCUAGCAUUUAACCAACAUAUUAUAUUUAUAUUAUCAAGAUAUAGGACAAAGCUUCUAUAAGAGCAUCCAAGGAGAUGCAUUCUUUACGAUUAUGCUUCCGUCUUACAAGAUGGGUACCAUGAAAAAUUUCACCUAAGACUUUAUUUUCCACAUUAAGUCGUUUUAUAGCAAAGUUAUCUGCCCAAAGUAAGAAAAGGGGGUUCUUGUUGGAUAAAACUUGUCUUUCAUAACUUAACCAUAAACAAUUUUCUGGGACUUUAAAUUUACAUUUAAUCAAAUGGGAUAGUAUUAUGGAGUGUCUUAGUAACUUGUGUCCUUUUUUUUUUAAAUUUUUUUUUUAAUUCAAUUUUUAGUUAGAGAUUCUACCAAAAUCAUAAAUGGAUUUCAAAACUGCCAACAGAGGUUUCUGAAUCAGAAAGUGUCAGAACUACUUCAUCUACAUAUAGCAUGAUCUUUGAAGUCUGGUCGCCAUAGUGAAUUCCUAUGAUUUCAUCCUCCUGCCUUAUAUAAGCUGCCAUGGAUUCUAUUGAAAGUGCAUAUAACAUCUCGCCCAUUAGUUACCCCAAACCUUUCUGAUUUGAACCCAGUUCCCGUGACCCUGGCAGAUGGAGCAGUGUAAAGAAUCAUAAUCCUAUCCAGUAUAGGCCCUGUAACUCUGAACACCUCCAAGACAUCCGACAGCGCCAGCUAACUCUGUCACAGGACUUUUCGGCAUCCAGAGCCACAAAGGCCACCGGGGAGGAAAUAGAUUUGCAGAUAUGGAUCAGAUGUAACAAUUUGCAAAUGUUAUCGCCUCACUCAUGGUCCUUAACAAAGCCUGUUUGAUCAGGAUGAACUAAUUUGGGAAUGAAAUCCUUUAAUCUCUCCGCCAGGAUCUUGGAAAAUAUUUUAAUAUCGGCAUUCAUCAGGGAUAGUUAGUGACGAAAUUAUGAUCUUUGUCGGCUUUAGGAAUCGGGGUUAUACAGGCUUGUAGAAUCUCCAAUGGGAACGGGCAAACCUUAUCUAUUUCUUUAAAUACUUUUAGUAUGAUUGGAUCUAUGGUAGGCUCCAUUAUCUAAUAGAAAUGGGCUGUAUAACCAUCCAGCCCUGGGGAUUUUCCCUCCUUAAGAUCUUUAAUAGAUUUAGAGAUCUCAUCCAGGGUCAGAGGAGAACUCAGUUUCUUCAUGUCAUCCUUGCCCAAUCUUGGUAAUUAAAAUUUUUUGAGAAACUCGCGGCUUGCUUCUGAGGUUGCCUGUUCCGAUGGAAGUUUAUACAGAGCCCUGUAAUAUGAGGUAAAAGCUUUACCUAUAUUUGAAGGAGAUAUAUUAACUUUGUCUCCCUCAAUUAUCUUCCUGAUUAUUUGGCUUCUUUUUUUAAACGUAUGUUUGUCUGAAAAAAUGCUUGCUAACUCUAGUAUCCCCAUGGUACCAACGUUGGUUGAAUUUUAUUAUGGUGUUUUUUGUUUUUAUUUCUAAUUUAUUUCUUAUUUCCAAUUGGGUCUCCCUGAUUUGAGCUAUUUUCCUGCUCAAAUUUAGCUAAAACAAUAUACAAAUCAUUUAAAUCUUUUCCACAGGAUUUCUUGCGCUGGGCCCCCAACUUGAUUUGAAUACCUUGCAUGAAGCUUUUGAAGGCACACCAUAAUGUGUCUCUACUAACCUCAUUAUUGUCGUUAUUCAAAAAUAAUUCUUCAGCCUGUCUUAGCAGAUACUUCCGCGUUUCAUCCGAACAUAUAUGUUCUUCAUUCACCCUCCAGGAAGUUCUGCCCUCCAUCAGCCCAUUAUCCACUAUCUGUACAAGUAAUGGGGCAUGAUCAGAUCAGGUAUAUAUAUCCAUUUUUUAUUUCCAAAAGUAAUACCGCGAUCGUUAGGGUGUUGUGCCGUCCAGAUGUCAAAUAGGCCAAAUUUAUGCAGGACUUCCUGAAAGGAAAUACUAUUCCUCUUACUCCCCCUUUCUGACUCCUUCAUGCAAUAUUUUGAUGGUUUAUAUGCUUUUAUAUCCGGUACUAUUUUCAUGUCCUCCGCAAUCAACAGGAUUGCUUUUUUCUGCUAAGCUGUCAAUAAGAGAAUCUCUCGUGUUUGUAGCAAUGGUACUAGGCUGUGCAUCAUGUAGUUUGAACUUACUUUCUAUUACAGAGAGUUCUGUGCUUGUUGUAUCCAGGCCACAAAAAGCACACCAAUCAUUAACAACCAUUCCUGCUGCAAUCACUUCACUGCCAUGGUUUACUGUUCCAGCCACUAAGGGAUCUUGUAGAAGAGAAGAUAACUCAACUCAUCCUUUAGGAUGUACUAAACCACCUUAAUUACUGAUUGCACAGUAACUUCCUACAAGAACCUGAUCAGCUACUGUUUGUCUAAAUACUUCCACUUUAAGGACAUCUGCCAAGAUCUCUUCUGUUUCCUUGUCAAAAUCUGGGUGAACGAGUGCGACGUACUUGUUGCAAACUGACAUUUCCUAAGGCAGAUAGCCACUCCUCCACUCUCUGGAUUCGUACCGAGUCUGGCAUACUGUUUCUAAUAUGUUGAAGCUCUUGAUCAGUUGUAUUAUUACCCCCCAAUGGCUACUAGGCAGUAAGCUAUUCAAAACAUCCAAUUUCGUUGUCCUUUUUAAAGGAAGCCCGAACUGCCAUGAUUUCGUAUUUACAGUAGUGUUCUCACUCACAACUCUGAUGACAAUGAGUUGACAGGUCCCUCACUAACUCACACUUUUAUGAGCUACUAAGAGCUCUGCUGUUUAGCACUUGGACGGUACAAUCCCAUCUCAGGAUGUGUGUAGAUUCACAAUCUUGGGUUUCCAAUACCACUCCAACACAUAAAACAAAGCAGAAAGAUCUAAUAGUGCAAAAAUGUAAGAAUAUAUAUGGUGCACAGAAAAAAAAAAAUGGUAUCCUACCUACAAUUUAAAGAAGAAUGUAUGGGAACCAGGAUAGUUGUUUAGCAGCAAAACAAAAAAUUGGAUAUAAUCUUCUAAUUAAUUUUAUUUGUGUAAUAUAUAGUAGAUAAAAGUUAGAUUACAAAUGGAUAAAAUAUAUAGAUAUAAUGAACUUCUCUAAAGUCACACUUUACGCUUUUCUUCCAGCAGGGCUUCCUCAGAAGUGUGGAUAAUCCUCAGAAUGUCAGAGUUUAUGUAGGUGGUUGAUAUCCAAUCAGUAGAAAUAGGUGUGCUGAAUAACUUCCUGAUUAUUCGAGUCGCACGCGUCGCCUGGAAAAGACGCGCUGCGACUCACUUGUAUAGUGGCAUUGUGGGAUAUUUAUUUGUUUGUCUGCUCGCGUCAUAGGAAAUUAAGUCCGUAUUGUGCAUGUCAUCGGAAGUGACGUGUUGGUGUGGGGGGAGUACAUAGAUGAGGCUUAAAUCAAUAAACUGCUCUGGGUGUCCUGUCAUAAGGCCGGAAAAGUUCUCAUUGGCCGUUCUGUUUAGUGGCAGCAUUGAUAAAUGUUUGUAUAUUUUAAACAGAAUAAAAAGAGGACAAAAUUAGAUUUCUUUAUACAAAUAUUAUAAUCGUAGUACAUAGCGACAUUUAUAUGAAAAAAAUUUAUUGAAGAAAACCUAUAUUGAAAAGCAUAUAUUUGCUAGAAUUCUUUAAUUUGAUACAAAUAUAUUUAUUUAGAAUUUUAACAUGCAUUACAACAUAAAAAGCUCUAUGAAUCAUAUUUUCAAACAGGCAUCAUUAAACCAAAAAUAAUUAUUAGUUAAAAUCAUUUUGAUCCCUUCAAUUAUAAAACUUAUUUUUUAUUAUUAUUGAGUGGGUAAUCAGUUUCUAAAAUAAUUUUUUUUUUGACAGCACUGCAACCUUGUGUGGAAUUAUGGUAUACAGUGAUUGAACGUCACAAGUUAUAAGAACAUAGCCUUCUUUCCAGCUAAUAUUUUCCAACUUAUUAAGGAGGUCCAUUGUAUCUUUAAAAUAGGAUUUGCUUCUUUAACAUAAUGUUGCAACAUAAUAUCGAUGUAUUCCGACACAUUCGAAAGAAUUGAGCCAAUGCCAGAAACGAUAUGACGUUGGGGGGGUUUAUUGAUAUCUUUAUGGAUUUUUGGCAAAAAAUAAAUUACCAGAAUUAUAGGGUGCAAAAUAUUUAGUUAAAUUCAUCUAUAUUUAAAAUGGUGGUCUCUUUUCCCUUUAUCUAAAUAUUGUUUUAGUAAAAUUAUAAUAUCUGGAGUGGGGUCGUUAUCUAGUUUUAUAUAUAUAUAUAUAUAUAUAUAUAUAAAAUUAAGUUUAUUUGGUUGUCUGUAUGCCUCUUUUUCGUACAUUUGUUUCGACAGAAUCAUGAGGCCUCCACCCGUAUCUGCUGAUUUGACAAUUGUCUCAUCUCUUUGUAGUUCUUUUAAACUGUCUUUACUUUUUAGUCAUAAUAAAAUUGUCACCUCUUUUCUUAUUUAAUGUACGUAAGUCUUUGCACACUUUUUUUUUCAAAGAUAUCUAGUGCACUAGAACUGAAUUAAAACUGGAUGGGUAAAAUUUAGAUUUAUUUUUUCUUAAACUUAGAUCUAUGACCAAUUAUCAUUACCAUAUACUUGAUAUAGUGGUAUGUGAGUAAAAGUAUCGUUUAUGCAACACUGUAGCAUAUUCUGCAUUCAUUUUACCAAUACCGGGUAUACUGUAUUUACAGUCUGACACAUGUUUGUUAUUAUCUUUUUCAAUGGAUAGUCACUAAAUGUGUUAACUGUGACAGUGAAAUAAAUUCAUACCAGGUUAAAUCCUUGCAUUAACCAAACUCUGGUAUCCAGAACACUAGUCACAGACUUUUUACUGUUAUAUCACACAUUUUAGACUCAUUUUACAAAUUAUUGGACUACUGAGUGAUAAAUGAGACUGUAUUAAUAUGUAUUUCAGCCAUAGACCAUCCAGGUUAAAAUUUGGAUUUAUUUGGUUUUAUUUCAUUUGCACUUCAAGUUUGCAGAUUAUUGAUGGUUUAGUGAAUAUCCUCCUUUUAUGGGAGAUCACCUAGCACUUGGCUGACAUCUAGUGUUUAUUUUUAUAAUUGUAUUUCAUUCAUAUGUCUGAUAUUGUUAAUUCUUUUCAAUAUUUUAUAUUUUGAUUUUAUGUUUUUUAGACUCCAUUUUCUAUUGGUUUAGGCAUCUCCUUGUACGUGUAGGUCUUUAUACCUAUUUCUAUUUAUCUAUAAUAUACAGGAGUGCCAGUAUGACAUUGCUAAUGAGAGAUCUCAGGUGGGAUAGUUUUUGUUAUAGGUCUGGUGGAUGCGGGUAACCACUGAAGAUUAGUCAAUUUGUGUGGAUGAAGAGCUUUGUUUUCCAAGUCCACCCAUUGGGGGGAGGUUGGUUUACAAAAAGAGCCAGUGAUGUUGCAAAUAUCAAGGCAUUGUAAUACGUCUGGAGAUUUGGUACUGCUAGUCCACCUACUUUAGUCGGAGGUCUCCAUAAACUUUUAGCUACCUGUGGUUUGUGGUAUGCCCAAAUGAAGUCCAAUAGGUCUUUGUGGGCAAUCUUAAAAAAAUAAUUUGGUACAUGUAUGGGGAGGCUGCGGAACUGAAGUCUAGGUAACUGUGACAUUUUAAAGGCUAGGAUACAUUCCGCCUAUAAUGGGAAUAAUAAUUUCCAUUGUCUCAUAAAUUGUGUACACUUUGACAUGGUUGGCGACAGUUUUUAGUUACCUUGCUGAAGGGUUUGCACCAUCGAUGUUUGAUCUCUAUGCUUAAUGCCUGUGUCUUGGUCGUAUUAAGAGAGUAAUAGGAGAGUAAUAGGAGACUUUGCCGUAAACGUAUGAGGUGCAUCAGUCUCGGAAGGGACUGUUUUGGGCUUGUGAUGUAUAGGAGGAUGUUGUCCACAAAGGCACUGAUUUUAAUUUCAUACCCUGGUAUUUUAACUCGUCUAAUAUCGGGGUCCGUCCUAAUGGCUUAAAGCAGGGGUUCCAAUGCUUAAACAUAAAGGAGGGGGAACAGGGGACACCCCUGUCUAGUACCAUUAGUGUCAGGGAUGUAGGUGACGGGAAACCGUGGGGCUAGAAUCUGCUUUAUUACCUGGGGUGGGAAACCAUAUCUACCCAGCACCUCUUAUAAGACUACCUUGUACGAAUCCUGUUUGAUCUGAGUGUAUCAGAGAUUGAAGUGGUGGGCCAAUAUUGUUGGCUAAUAUUUUGGCAUAUAUCUUGGCAUCUGUAUUUAAUAGGGAGAUGGGCCUAUAGUUUUUAAAAUCAUAGAGAGGUUUGUCUGGUUUAGGGAUCGUGACAAUAGUUGCUAACAGAGUCUCCAGUGGUAGGGAGCCUGUUCUGAGUGCGCUAGAACAUCUGUGAAGUGCUUGUAAUAUGCAUUGGAUAGCCCAUCUGCCCCUAUGGAUUUACUUAGAGGGAGGUUCUUAAUGACGUCUAGGAUCUCUGAGAGAGUGAUAAGCAUUAAUAGGGAGAGUUUGUGGUCUCUCUCAAGAGUAAGGAGAGCGAUUCCCUCCAGAUAAUUUGCAAUUUCUAGGGAUGUCGGCUGGUGCGUAUUGUCGUUAUCCGCUAAAUUAUAUAGUUUCCCAUAAUAGUUGGUGUGGCAAAACUAGCCACCAGAGACUAUCAAUCUAUCAGGAUGUGUGUAAUUUUGCUAAGCCAUAAAAAUCAAUGCUAUUUGUAUUUCAGGCGAAUGAGGGCAUUCGUAUGCUGGCGGUAUGAAAACCCCAGCAUUCAUAAUGAAGUUUCACGAACAGUGAGUUUAAACACUGUUCGUGAAACGCAUAACAUACCGAACGCACGACCACACACAGGGGGUCGUGUGGCACCCAUUAACCAAUUUCAGUAAUUAAGAGUGUUUCUAGGUGGCCGUCGUUCGAAUACCGACCAUGCGGCGGUCGGCCAUCUUGUUUCUUUUGUUAGCCCAGCGGUGUUUUGUCGUCGAGCACCUGGAAGUAAAAACGGCUACUCGACGGCGCGAACACCGCUGGACUUCCAGGCCAUUCUGGAACCUCGGCCAUUCGGUAGUUUAUUCCCCUUACGAUAAUCGGUAUUUUAAAACCUAUGUUAGAAAUUAUGUGUAUUUCGUACGGUGUUCGGUUAGUUAGACUGGGAGCUGAGCGGUAUUCUCACGCACGAUGCGCUCAGCCUCCAGCUAUCUACCAAAUAUCCAUUCGUGUAAAACUAGUGAAUAUUGUUAAAGUUAUGUAUUUUAAUGUAAAAUGUAAGUUCUGCUGCACGGAGGGAUAAUCCCAUUAACAGUAUAUUCCAGUGGGAGUAUCCCUCUCGUCCAGCAGUGCAUGAUGGAAAAAUGGUAUGUGUUGGUCAGUUCCCCAUGUAGUCCCCUACUGUAAAACCCCUGAAAUGUCAGUAGGGAAACCCCUUGCAUGGGGAAUCCCAUAAAUACCGUGACCUGAAAAUAAACCUCAGUUGACCUCCAAGCUAUGUGUCGUCUAGUUCUUGGGAAUAAGGGAUUGUAACUAUGCUACCUGGAUUUUACCUGCUUUGUGCCUGCUUGAUUCUGUCUACCAGUGGAGAUACCGUGGAUAAUUUUAUGCUCAAAAUUGAAGCAUACAGUUGGCAAAAUCAUUGCUUAUCUCCUGUGGCCCCAGUCUCUUCACUCCACCCUCCCCAACACACAACCUAUUUGGGACGAGGCGGUCUUGUGUCUAAGUCUGGUUGCCAAUUGUUUGUUCGCUUUACCGCUAUUAUGGUACACCUUGGCUUUAAGUUUGGUCAUAUGGUAAUGAAUUAUUUUAUCAGUUGAUGAUGAGUUUUCAGUUUCAUAGCUAGCUCGGGGGUAGGGUUUUGUUUGUUGUGACGUGAUGUAACUUCUAUGUUUUUAUGGUAUUCUAAGAAGGCCUCCAGUCUUUUUUUUUUUUUUUAUGCUUCAAUUUUGAGGCUUGCUGUAUAAAAAGGCCCCUGACGUCCGCUUUAUGUGCCAACCACACCGCAAAGUCAUAUGUGUCCCCUGGUGUGUUAGUACGAAAGUAUUUCACCAGAUCUUCUGAUAUACUACCCAAAAACUUCUCGUCGCUAAGCAGGGAUGCGCUCAACCGCCACUGACCUCUCCUUCUAUAUUUUAAAGUGUCAUGUAGAUGUAAAAAAAACAGGAGCAUGGUCAGACCAUGUGAUAUCACCAAACUCAAAUUUGGAUAACUGUGCCAGUGCCGUUUGGUCAACAAAAAAGGUAUCUAUACACGUAUAGGUGUUAUGUACCCUAGAUAAAAAAAAAGUAUAGUUACGUUCAGAGGGGUGUGCUGUUCUCCACCCACCAUAUAGGUUGUGUUUUGCUAACGUGCUGCCACUAGGAUGUACAGUACGUUGUUGAAUAGACAUACCAAAAUAAAGAAUCUAACCUGUUUAUCUGUGAUUCAUUUUUGGAGGGAGAAGAGCACGUCCUUGUGAACAAAAAUCGAUACACCCUUGGAUUUGGUUUCCGAAAGGGUGUGGAAUUGGUUGGGCAAAUAUAGCGGGGCUUCGCAAGUUUUUGAAGUGGGUUUCUUGGACACAUGCUAUGUCUACUUUUCCUUGCCGCAGGACCCUAAGCAGUAAUUGUCAUUUACCAGGGUAUUCAACCCCUUUACAUUAAGGGUCAUAAUUUUCAUAGUGGGGUGUACGAUUCAUGCUGGAAGGUAUGCCCCCCUCUCAUCCCAAAUGCACAGAUUAUUAGCUAAAUGUGAGACAUUAUCCCUGCUAUGACGUUCGUGGACCCUACAGGAGGCUCUGACUCGUGUAGCGAGUGGUAAAAUAUGUCUAGAAGUACCCUGUGAUAGUCUAAUCCAAGCUGAUUGCAUAUAUCAGUGUAAUGAUGCCCUAAGGGGUGGGGAGGUAGGGGGAUAGUGGAGGGGAGAGAACUAGGACAGGAAAGAACCGUAGGGAAUACGUGUCAACCGAACAGUGGGCUCAACAAACAUGAGCCAAGUAUGUGCUGGAAGAGCACUGUCUUGGGGGGUGGAGGUGAAGAAUUUAGCAGUCAUACUAAACUGCGGGCACGUGAGCUGGCACCAGAGACCUAACUGUAGGCUGAUGAUAUGAGAAGCUCGAUAGGGUAUAGCGGUUUGGGUACCUAAAGAAUUCCAAUGGGCGAACCCUAGAUCCAACUUGAGGGACUCACAGGUACAUAGUAUCCUUAAAACAUUUCAUGCAGCUAAACACAUUUAAACAACAAAGGCUACACUCUAAACGAGAGCGGACCGAUUGGAGAGUAAAUUACCACUUGGCCACUGCCGUAUGUUAUAACCAGAUAUGUUAAAGCUAGAUACAGUGCUGUCACAUAGUAUUGGACAGUAUUAGAAUGUCUUGAGUUAUGCAUACUAUGAAAACCGUUAUAUUUAAACCCUCAAUAAAAUGUACUUAACUCUGUACUUGUGGGUUUUUUUUUUGGUUAUAUAUUUUAACUAACAUAGACUUGGUGAGCAAACUUGUGACCCCCUGGGAGGCAGCGGUAUCUCGUUGUGUCCUGGUUGUCAUUGACCGCCUAUGAACCUCCAAAUAUAUGAUGUCACUAGGCAUAUGGCCCAACUUAGCCAACUGUAAGACCCUCUAUCAAUUAACCUACAAAACCCAAGUCAGCAUAGACAUCUUGUGCCCUCCUGCAUCAAGGAGCAAAAACAAUUGAGCACAUACAAUACCCACGCUACCCCUCAUUUCUCGCUGCCUUUCGCGGUUAGUUUUUGGACGCAGGCAAUAGUUGAACCACUACCGAACCAUUCUCUUUAUUCUGUGUAAUCUGAAUGCCCCAUUCGAGACGCUUUGCUUGACCCGCAUCUGGCGAAAGGAUCGAAUGCAUCACACCAUCUCUGUGAAUUAGCAAUUUUGCUGGAUAUCCCCACCAGUACAGUAUAUUCUGGGACCAGAGUGCUGAUGUCGUCUGGGUCAUAGACUUGCGGAACUGUAGGGUAGGUGCCGAAAGAUUAGCAAACUGCUUCAAGGUGGUAUAUAGGUGCAGGAGCGGUGAGUACCUUGAAGUUUUAAUUAUUUGUUCUUUGGCGUGGAAGAAAUGUAUGCGGUGUGGUAGCUGGCAGGUGUUUCGGCCUGCAAAGGCGACGGGUCCUAUCCACGAGGAGUUGGUAGGGAUGAAUCUCCGGUGUGAGUGCUUGGAAAAGGUCUGAGGGGUAGGAGGGCAGUCCAUUAUCUCGGACCGUUUCAGGUAUCCCCAUAAUUCUCUUCCUCCAGGACCUGUCUUCGAUGUCAGCGAUCUUUAGAUUAUCUGCCAGGGAGUUAUGGGCUUCAAUAAACUCCCCCAUGCAUUCUAUAUGGGAGGUUCUCUGGCCGAUUUCUUUUAUCUCCCUGCGUAGGUCAGCUGUUAGUGUCUGGAUUUGGCUGGAUAUGGUGACCUGCAUGGAGGUGGAGAAUUCCAACAUGAACGCUCUCAUGGCUGUAGUAGUGAGAGGCCUUUUCUCCGUGUAGGAGCUUGGUGAGGGUGAACCCUCUCUCAAACACUGUUGCCGCCAUCUUUCUUCGGGUCGGGGCUUUCCUUAUUCUUCAAAGCAGAGGCUCUCGCCAAGAAGAAGGCUGCUCGAUCAGCUUUGGGUUUGCUCCUUUGGGACAUCGCGACCCUCUGUGUGGUAUUAUUGAUGCUGUUUGCUAGGUGCUCUGGUUAUAGCAGGCUCUGAUGCUACUCGUUGUGCUGGAGCUUCAUGGCUAUGUGACCAUUCAGCUUGCGGUCUUGGCCACGUCCCCCUAUGUCAGUAUUUUUAAUGACAUCUUUGUUUUUACUAAAAUAAAAUCUUUUAAGAGUAGCAUUACAUACAAAUUCAAUGCGGUCAGCGGUGUGUGUAGCCAAAUUCAUGGAACUAAAAUCGGCUACACAGUUCCGCGAACACCGCUGAGCCUUACCUUCUCCCACAAUGAUUUUGCAGCCGCAGAGACUAAGUCCCAUUCGGCGAUGGGACUUAGUCGUUUUUUCAUCCUGAAAUAGACCGACCGCACAGCCCAAGUCCAUGGAACUCUUUUGGCCAUAAAAAGGGACCUCCAGCUAACUUUUUAACCCCUGGAUGGAAUUGGCUGAAUUUUGGAUAUGUUUAUAAUUAAAGUGUGCUGAGUAUGUUUGUGGCAUGUAUAUUUUUGAAGUUAUUAAUAUUGUGUAAAAACUGUAUUUCUCUGCCUGUGAUAAUUAUAUUAACCAUUGUGUUCAGUAAUCAUAUCACAGGCAGAGGGGACGAUUUUGUGUGAGAGUGUCUGUGUGUAUUGUACGGAUUGAUUGGUUGUAUUUUAAAACCCCGUGGGCAGUACUAUGUUUGUGGAUUGUGAAUAAAAGAGGCUGUAUGUGCCAGCACAGUCGGUUCUGCUUGACUCUCGAAACAAAGUGUCGUCUCGUUACUGGGGGAAUCUGCUACAAGGGAUUGCUAUGCUACUCCCUUGCUAUAUCACUACUAAGCUCUUGUAAGAGCUUGUUCCUGUCUUGCUCUCUGGAGGAGUCUACAGUGGUUAUGGUGUCGGCUGGAGUGCUUGGAGCCCUCAGGAAGCGCUAGGAGCAUCCUUCAACGGAGGUACCCAGUCGGGGUGCCAGGUUAUCCUUUACACACACCAUUAGGUCACUUUUAAGAUGGAUUUCACCCGUGAGAUUUUUUGGUUCUGUUUGGCACAGUUUAUCACUUGUUGUUUUGCCACAACUAUCAAUGUGUAUGUGUGUGUGUAUAUCCAAAGAAGCAACAUGGCUGAAAUGAGGGUGAUAUGGUAUGGGCAAAGCUAUAACAUAUAUUAUAAUCAUACGUCUAUAUUAAUUUAUAACACGGUUUCCUUGUCUGUUAAUUAUUUGGUAAAUUAUUUAUUUACGUUUUUUUUGUCCAUCUAAGAUUUUUGGUAUUGUUUCCAUUUAAUAAUGUGCUAUCUUUGCAUACUGAAAUGAAAAAUGCAUCCUAAUCUGUUUUCUGUCUACUUUUCUAACACGGUGUAUAGUGAAAAUCCAUUCAGCCACUACACAGCACACAUAGUUCAGUUAAUGACAUAGGUAUUGUAAUAUUUCAACUCAAAUAUAAAUUGAUAUUGCAUCAAGUCUAUAAUAAUCACAUUAAAAGAACGCUAUAGGUUUUUAUUUAUUUCCCCCCAAUUGUUUCAGCUAUCAGAAUGGGCUUUAUUACACGUAUCUCUUUUUUUUUUUCUCUCUCAUUUCCAAGAGGUCAACAGUUUGCUCAGCAAAUGCAGCAACAAAAUCCUGAGCUGAUAGAAGAGCUACGCAGUCAAAUUAGAAGCCGGACUCCAAGUGCAAGUAAUGAAGAGCAACAUCAAUAAGCAGUGAUAGCCAGCCAGAGGAGAUUGUAAUGUUUCACUGGAAAUUGAAAGAAAACACUGUGUGACCACAGCAGGACCUGUCUUCCUCUUAGUUUUGUGCAAUCAGUGGCUAUUGACAAUUUUUGUGGGGGGAAAAAAAAAUCUUUUCUUACAGUUACCUCAUUUCCACUUCUUUCCAGCCAUUGUCAUUUAAUCACACCAUAGCACAAAGGGCUGAUCUGGUAUGAACAACUAGUCUUUAAUUUCUUCCUUCUGUUGCAAAAUAAACCUAUAUGUUGGCGUUUCUUCUCUACCCUUGAUCUUCCUUGUCUGCAUAUUAUUGCAAAGGCUGAUGUUUUUUUUUUUUUUUUUUAUUUGGCACCAUUUAUUAAUCAGUUUAAAGUCUGGAGUGGUACAAAGUGAUAAUUCUAAAUUCCCUAUUGCACAGAGAUUUCUGCUAGAUGAAUAUUCAUAUUUUUGGUACUAUUUCACAUGCUUGGCAAUGGUCAUGUGGUUGCCAUUGCUAAUUCGUGUGAGUGGCUAGUUGAUUGACCUAUGAUAAACAAAAACAUUAAAUAGGUAUGUGCUUGUCUCUUUUAAAUACAAGAAGUAAUAAAUACAAUGGUCAGAAUCAUUAAUAUCACUGCAGAGAAAAUAUUAGCUGUACUAUAGCCUUAUGCAUUAUUUUGUAAACAUUAAACAUAUUUUAGUUUAACUCCGGCUUACCCUUGCAGCUAUUGUUAUCUCUUUGCUGUGAAACUUCACGUUUCUGCUAAAAUAAGUAAUGCUUCUGCCAAACAAAAUUCUGCACCCUGAUGCUAUAAUAAUGUAAUAUUUUUUAUUUAUUUUUUAAUAAUCAAUUUAGUUUUUAUUCUUUCACUUUCAGACCUAUUUAAGCAUUUCUCUGUCGAAACACUUUUGCAUCCUUUCAGAAGUCCACAUGUUAAAAUAGUUUGACAUGUUUGCAAACAUGAUAAAUGUCUAAAGUCUAAUUUUAAUUGUCAUAAUAUUUUAAUUAAUAACUCCAUGCAGCCAGUGUAAAAGGGAAAAAGUACCUUAUUCAAUUUUACAGACUUACAAGAAGUAAUUAGAAUGGUGUCCGUUUUGAUGUUUCAGUAUUUUUACAUUUCUAGAAACAAACUAAUUGGUGGAAGGACAGAUUCAUACAUAUUCUCUAAUAAGCAACGUGUUACCUGUAUUAAGUACAGUUAAGAAUGUGUGAUUUUAUUGUGCAAAAUAUCUUUAAUCAUGGUGAACACAAUGGUACACCUGAAGUAUCUGCUUUAUACCAUCAUAAAAAUGGGUAAUAAAAGCAUGUGUUUUAUUGUAUGAGUUUACUGCACAUUAUUGCUGUGUAAUAAGUUGAUUCUGUAUAAAUGCAAAUAGAACACACAUAUAGACUUGUGUGUGUGUGCAUGAGCAUUUGCGGGAUUAUUUUUUACCAUUAUGUUGUAAUGUAAAAGUGUAU